UGCGCAAAACACCCUCCGCCCCCCUGCGACGGGCAUCCGGGAGCGGCCAAUCCCCGCCGCCCGCUUCUCCCUCUCCGCCUAUGCGUGGGCGCGUUCUCCGCCCGGGGCGGGAUUUCCGCCGCUGCUUCGUCUGAGGGGUCGAGAGAGGGGGGUCUUUAGACUAUGGAUUCCGCCUGAAGCUCUUCCCUCGCUGGGCAAACCCCGCUCGCCCCUCGCCGGCUUCUGCCUCCGGAUUCCGGGUAAGCGAGAGGCGGGCGUCGCCGCCGCCACUGCCGGGCUGAGAGGAAGCGGGCGCCGGAGGCUCGGGGCUCUGCCGGCUCCGGCGUCUGCUGCGCGGGGUCGUUCGGAGAGCCCAACGGACCCUCUCGCCCUUCACGGGCCUUUGCCGCCUCUUUCCCCCCUCACCUACCUGAUCCACCGAGAGCCCGCUUUCGCGAGGGGGAAAAAAAAGAAACGCGUCAUACGCGCACGUCUGAAUGGGGCGAAGGGCGGGCGCGUGUUGACAACCCAGGAAUCGGGAGGAGCCAAGUUGGCAAGUUGCACUUCACUUUUUAAGGCCUUACUUUCAACUUCUCGUUUCCCUCCUCUUCUUUUUUUUUUUGCGCUUUGGGUCGAAACUCGCGCAACGCAGCGUCGGGUUUCGAGACGCUCGUCUGCGCAAAAGAGCGUCUGAUGCGCCGGCCUUAAAAUCGCUCCCCUUGUUUAACGCGGCCCCGUGCCAGGUAUGUAAAGGUGUGCUGCAUUUGCCUUGGUUCUUAACCUGGGGUGGAACUGGGCUCGCGGUGGCGGCUUGUGGUUUUGUCAGCUGGGUUUUGUGAUGUAGCCGGUGCUUGUGAUGACACGACUUAGGUUUUUCAGAGCCUCUGUUGGGGUUGAGCUGGAGGCGCAGGGAUGUAUAUAUCCUGCACGCUCUCCUCUUAGUCGUUGCUAAAUGGGGGAGCAGACAUGGGGUAGCCGCUGCUUGCGCGGCACUCAGCUGUGCGAGUCUCGUUUGCUGCCGGGUUCUGUGCUUUGGUCGUACUGAAUCAUGAAGUGGGUUAGAAAUUCAAUAUGGGUCUCUUCCUCCUCCUCCUGUAAAUGUCAUUUGUUUCCAGCAUGCUGGGUAGGUGUACCCCCCAAAUCUCACCCACAUGGCCGGAUUCUGGUGCUAGUGGCCUAAGCCGGCAUUGUAUAUGUAUGAGUGUCCGUGCUCAAGCCUGGGGUGUGUUCCACAAUUGUGUAAUACUUUGUGAGGCCUCCCUUGAUGAUUUCAAGGAACAUUAGGUAGCAUUGAGUGCAUCCAAAUUGAUGUGCAGCCUAAUAGAUGAUGGGAUUAUACUGCAGUGUUUACCUUCACAUCCUGUUAUCUGCUAGAGAUAGGUCAUAAAUGGCUUGGGACCAAUUUAUGAGGGCUUUUCCUUCCUCUGUGUAGCCAAGAAUGCCCUAUUUGGACAGCAAGGAUAUGCGGGGAAGCGUUUUAAAGUGACUGCUCUGCAACUAUCAAGCUUCCUGGAAAUCUGGUAAAAGCUGAGCAUGCCUUUACAAGUGUGUUGUAGGCUUACUUGGGUAGGUAGUUUUACAAUUGCACUAAGACAUUGGGCUUUACCAUUUAUUAAUGUGCUGGCUGUACUGGGACAAGUUGACUUCUAAUUUUGUCACUUGUCCUGAGUUUUUGCUGUUUAGCAGCUAAGACUGCACCCUGGAAGCAGUUCCCAUUCUACUCAGCAUUGCAUUGUAAUUUUGCUACUAAAAACCUCUAUUUAAUAUACUUAUUGUUUGGGUGCUUACUGCACCUGCCUGUACUAUUAUGGUAGUAGCAGAUAGUAGCUGUGAGAUGUUACAACCAAUAAUAUAUUGGCUGCUUAUACUGGUAGUGAUUGCACCAACCUCUUCCUUUCCCAGGUCAUUGGAUAAAUUUAAGAGCCUUAUUUGUGAUGUUAUUGUGAUGUUAUGAUUAUCUUAAACACAGGGAUCCCACUAUGUGGCCACUGAAGGCUAUAUCUAUAGCUGCUUUUGUUUCUGUGCUGUAGCAGAUAGCUGCUGGCACAGCAGAUUUUUCUGUUCAAUUUGAAAUUUGUUGGUGGCACUGAUAUAGCUGAAACAGUCAUUGUGAUGGCAUAUCCUAAAAACAUUAUUUGAUUGUGCAGCUUGAGAAUAGGCUUUAAAAAACAUUCAUUGAUAAAGUGCCUAAAGUUUACUUAAAUGCUGCACACAGGCCUGCAGUAUCGGAGAUAACACAUGUGGUAAAGAUAUGGUGAGGGAAGAUGAAAGCAAGGAAACACUGGUGCUAUCUCUUGGAAGAGUCAAAAGGCAGCCUGAGCCAUUGAGUGGGCCCUGCUGUUCUGUUUUUCUAAUUCCCAAAUGGUAAUUGCCGUGAUAAGAACUCAAAGCCUUGAAGAAAUCAUCUGCUGAAUAUCAGACUUCAGCUGUCCCCCAGUAGAAGGGACUUGUUCAAGAUAAUUAAGAAAUCACCAUGGUAAGAAUAUAAUCAGAAUAAUUUUGAAUUCUCUUCUUAGUUUAGAAAAUAAAUUACAGAAUUUGUAAGCAAUAGAAUAGGAUUCAAAACCUGUUUGAAUUCUUUUUUAAAAAAAUACUAGAAUUAUGCUAGGUAUAGUAGACAUAGGAUAGUUGGACUAUAUUACCCUUGUGGUCCCUUCCAACUCUACAAUUCAGAUUCUAUGCAGUGCUAGAAAUUAGCCAGGCGUGUUUUGCUCUUGGCAUGGGUCAAAUUGCGACCAUGUGGAGAUCUCUGGAUGCCAGGUUGGUGACUGGGAAAAGCAUAAUGUCACGUAGAGAAGGAUCUGAAAUAUUUCCCUUAAAGCUUGAAAUUGUUUUAUUCUGGAUUAUUUUAUUUGUUGUUUUAAUGUGUUGUAAACUGCUUUGAGAUUUGUUCUUUAAAAUAUAAAGCAGUAUAGAAACGACAUGAAGAAUGAUGAUGAUAAAUCCCAUUGGGGGGAACCUCUGGUACCUAAACAUUCCAUUGUGUCUACUGGAACCCAGGUUUAAGGGGCAAUUUGGUGAUUAGAUUAUAUAUCUGAAUUUCUAACAUCUGAGAUGUUACGUAUUGGUCUCUUUGGUGUUAUCUGUUCUUUUCAUUUCAUCUCAUUUCAUUUUCAGAAAGGCAGAAUGUUAACUGUUAUAAUAAACAACAGUAGACCACAUCUGUUUCUAACGAAAUGGGCUCAUAUUAGUCUCACUGCAUCCUUUCUUUUCUAAAGAAUGAAUUAUAUAGUCCUUCCCAAUCACCUGGCAUUGCAGUUACUUAGAUGGAAAUGUGAUACUGAGAAGAUACUUUGAUUUUUAUUUGCAUUUAAUGCACUUUAGAAUUCAGAGAGCACUGAGCUCUUAGUUCUUACAGAUUGCCAGGGACGUGCUUGGUAGACUGCUGUUAGUUUAACACACUGCUGAUCAACUUGUAUUGUCUGAUAAAGCAGUCAGUAUAUUUGCAUAUGGAUUAUGUCUGUGUAAAUGGUGAAGAAGCCACAGGUCUCUCACACAGUAGGUCAGCUGUUCAGUAUCACUUUGUUUUCAACUAAAUCUGUCAGAGGAAAAAUAAAAAAGUUCUGGACAUGCUCUUUUCAUACUUUCCAGAUUAAACUUCCUCUAUUAGAUAAGUAGUAUAGCUGAUGUGUUUCUCAAAACAUAAGCUUAAGUGUUAUUUCUACUGUUAAAUGUGUAUUGGGUGACUAGCUCCUCCUCCUUAUGUGUUAAUGGAACAUUGACCAAACCAAGGAAGAUCCCUGCCCAGCUAUGAUCUAAUUUGUUGUAGGCACUUUGGUCUCAGGGAGUUGGUCAACAGCUUGAGAGGAUUAUCACUUGCUGGAAGAGCAGGGAAUUCCAAUCUGGAAAAGCACCCUGUGGGAGACUGUGAAGAAUAAAAAGACAAAAUCUGAGAAACAGAUUAAAGCUCACCCAUCAGAUGCACAGGAAGAGAGAAGGUUUCUGGGACAGCUGUCAGGCACUUGGAGAAUUAAGAUUGGAUCUUUUAUUCAACUACAUAACUUCUAAAAUGAGAAAUGUCUCUAUACUGGGCUUGUGAGUCAACUGAUUUUCUGACUUGGAUUGAAGCUACAAGUUUUCUAGCUAGAGCUCCAAGCUGCAUUGGAUCAGUUUGGGUGUAUAUAUUGCCUGAAGCAAGGAUUCAAGGCCCCUAACACUUCCAUCUCUCCAACAGUCCACCCUAUUGCUUUGUUGCCUGUUCAAUAGGCAACCCUGAAGCAGCCUAACAUGAACCAGGAGAGUAUGGAAUAAGGCCAGGGCAUUUAUCUUAUAUAAAAACCAUUUGAAGAGGAGGUCAGUAAAGAUCAAUCCCUUAAAGGUAUAUGUAAAUUGCACUAGAGGUGUGGGCAGUUCUUAGCUCAAAUAUGACCCUCCAUUUCUGAGUCCCCAACAGUCUGAAGACCCAUGUUCCCGUGUCACACAUAAUUGUUCCUUGGUAAGAACGAUUCUUGGAACUCUGAGCUUUUGAUAGGGUUGGGAAUGACCGCUGUAUUCUCGGUUGCUGUAGAGAAUACUGAGCUGAUGGACCAAUGAUCUGGCUUUGUAUAAGGCAGCUUCCUGUGUUUUCACAGGUGCUCAGGAAAAUUCUGAGAGCAAAAUGAUUAAGCUGUUUCCCUAGUUAUGGUAUUGAGCAGCCUGAUCUUCCAGUUGCUUUCAUCAUGUCCUAACCUAAUUUGCAGUCUUCUUGGGUUGCUCUAAUUUCAGGAGCCAGUGACUUGGCUUCUGAGUGGGUAUCGUGAAGCUACCUGGCCUUCUAAAUGGGGUGUAGGCACAGUAUCUAUUUCUAUUGCUUUGCCUUAGGGAAAAGUGUACUGAGAAGCAAAAUACAGCACCCCUGUAUUUAGGCGGCGUGUAGAUGCAGUUCCUGUAGCUUCACAAAUAUUGCACAAUGUCCCUUCCAUUGGUACACUUAAGUCUUGGGGUGGAAAAGACAGGACCAAAAUACUUGGCCCACCUUUCCUUUCAGGUGGAAGGUGCCUGGCCCAGUGAACCGAAACAUUCUCUAAUACCUGGAUUCAAAUAUCCCUGGUAGGUGCUCACUAAGUCACAUUGAGUCAUAUUGAAGCGUAAGUCAGGGAAUGUCUAUGCAGUCAGAAUGAGACUCUGUAGACAAGGGAUGGGUCUGUUUUUACCGUAUUUUUUGCACUAUAGGACGCACUUUUUCCCUCCUAAAAAGCAAGGGAAAAUGUGUGUGUGUCCUAUGGAGCGAAUGCAGGGGGGAGGCAGGCGGGAAAAGCCCCCAAGAGCCGCACACAAGCUCCGUGCGCUCUUGCGGGCUUUUCCACAGGAGGGAGAAGGGACUGACUGGCCGCAUCAGUCCCUUCUCCUACCUCCCGGAAAAGCCAGGAGAAGCCGCGAUCUCUUUAAAGGGGUUGCGCGGCUUCUGCGGGCUUUUGCGAAAGGUGAGGGAAUUCCCCCACCUCCCAGGAAAGCCGGGAGAAGCCGUGCAGCCCUUUUAAAGUGCGCGCGGCUUCUGCCGGUUUUGCGGGAGGUGGGGGAAUUCCCCCACUUCCCAGGAAAGCCAGGAGAAGCCGCGAUCUCUUUAAAGGGGUUGCGCGGCUUCUGCGGGCUUUUGGGAGAGGUGAGGGAAUCCCCCCAUCUCCCAGUAAAGCCAGGAAAGCCCUGCGCAGCGUCUCCCAGCAAGGAGAGGCUGCACGGGGCUAAAGGGGAAGCCAAAACAGCGAGCGGGAUCCAUCCGCUCGCUGCCUUGGCUUGCUCCAUAGCUGUGCGCAACCCCUCCGGCAAGGAGAGGCUGCACGGGGCUAUGGAUUCUUUAGCCCUGGGCAGCGUCUCCUGGCAAGGAGAGGCUGCACGGGGCUGAAGGGGAAGCCAAAACAGCGAGCGGGAUCCCUCCUGCUCGCUGCCUUGGCUUGUGCCAUAGCCCCGCUCAACCCCUCCGGCAGGGAGAGGUUGUGCGCAGCCUGUAUGCUGCUCUUUGGGCCUGGGGAGGGGAAAUAUUUUUUUUUCUUGAUUUCCCCCCCUAAAAACUGGGUGCGCCCUAUGGUCCGGUGCGCCCUAUGGUGCGAAAAAUACGGUAGUUCUGUAGGGCAGGGUAAACAAGCUUCCAUCUGGGUUACAAUCAAGAGGAAGGAGAGCCUGCUGUUGGUCUAGGCAUUGGGUUAGGGGGUAGGUUAAGUGUUCCUGAGUACAGUGGUGCCCCGCAAGACGAAUGCCUCGCAAGACGGAAAACCCGCUAGACGAAAGGGUUUUCCGUUUUUGAGUUGCUUCGCAGGACGAAUUUCCCUAUGGGCUUGCUUCGCAAGACGAAAAUGUCUUGCGAGUCUUGAGAUUUUUUUUCCGCUUUUCCCCCCCUUUAUCUAAGCCGCUAAGCCUUUAAUAGCCUUUUAGCAGCUAAUCCGCUAAGUCGAUAAGCCUUUAAUAGCCGCUAAACCGCUAAUAGCGCUAAUCCGUUAAGCCGCUAAUAGGGUUGCUUCGCAAGACGAAAAAACCGCUAGACGAAGACACUUGCGGAACGGAUUAAUUUCGUCUUGCGAGGCACCACUGUAUGUGCCUUUUAUUUUCUCACAUAUAAGAAGUGCUGAGAUGUUCUCUGGAGGAAAAUAAAGCCCUGCUCUCAAAAAUUAGGUAUUGACUGCUCUGCUCUAUCUGGGUGUAAAGUGGAAUGUCAAGUUUCUAAACUGCCCCCUGCCCCAACAAAGCAGUGCCCAGUAAGGUAGCAAGAACAAGCCAAUAUAGAGCUGGAUGGGGAGCGGAACUAAUUGGAAGAAGGAGGUGUGGUUGUGGGGGAGAGAAUAUUUUCCAGUCUUCAUCUGGCCUUCCUGAUUAUGAUGCCGCUUGCUAACUCUCUAAUCUUUUCUCAAAAACUCACUUUUCCACGAACGUUUGAUAUACCCUGUAGUCUACAUAUCCCAUUGUAACUAACCUGAAGUAUAUAUAACUCAAAUAAUACAUAUUCUCCCGCUGUUUACACUGCCUCUAUCAUACUCUGACUCCUUUGUGUUGUAUUUUAGAUUGUAACUCCUUUGGGCAGGAAUUUGACUUUUAUGCUUUGUAAAGUGCUAUUCAUACUCAAGGAUAGCAGUACUCUCCCACAUAUCAUAAAGAUGCGUGCUUUCCUACUAAAUAUAGUAAAAGGUAUACCAUUGAAUUAUUAAGGACUGACAGGGCUUUAUGGAUUAUAGAUAUAGCUUAUUUUAAAUUGCUGAGAUGUUCUUAUUUAUUCUAAUGUUCUUGCUUUUGGUUAUUAGCCACCUUUGAGGUUUUAAAAAGGCAUGCAUGCAUUUUUAAUAAAUAUAAAAAAAGGUCCAAAAUGAGUUUGUAUAACUACUCCUACUGGGCCUCUCCAGUUUUAAUCAGUAUGUUUGUAGGUUGGUUUAUUAAAAUACUAAUCGCAAAUUAAAAUUUGCAUGCACAGCCCAUUCUUCCCUACCACCAGUGACUUUUUUUUUUACCCAAAGCUAACAGAUAUGCCAACUACUUCUUUUCUGUCCCAAAUUUGAUUUUUUUUUUUAAAGUAAAAUGUGGGCUGCCUUUCCUUUCGUUUGAGACCAAAGAUAGCAGUUAUCUUUCACAGGUGAAACUGCUGUGGCUUUUUGUCUCUCAUUUAUUUAGCAAGAAAGUCAACUAAUAGUGUCCUAUUGAAAUCUUGUCAGUACUUCUUUUACCUGUACAUCUUUAAUCUAUCUUUCAUAUUUCCAACAGGAUAGGAACUCUUCUAUGCUGCUGUGUUAUUGAAAGAUGGGUUGAGAAUUGUUUUAUCAACUUGAGGGCCACUUUCCCUAGUAGGCAACAUUUUGGGAGCCACAUGCCAGUGGUGGUGAUACAAUGAAUAUGAUUCUUAUCUUUGUAGUCCAGUCACACAGGUCAGAGUUUUGUAUGUAUGCAUCUGCCCAUCCAGGCAAGCAGUUGAAGGUCACAUUCCAGUCAGGCCAAAAAACUGGAGGAAGGAGCAGAAAAGGGCCAGUGAGUCCCGUGGGCUGUGGAGAAAUAGAAGGUCCCCAGUCCUGAAGUUCCUCAUUCCUGCUGCAAGAUUUGUGUUGGAGAAUAUUCUAUACUUUGAUUUCCAAAACUAAUAAACAUUAAAAGCUACCUUUGUUUUCAAAAUGAGUGGUAGCGUUUGUAAAAUGGGAAGUUGGAUCUGUUAUAGUCUUUUAUUUUCUUGUUCCUUGUAUCUAUUUCUUUCUUUUACUGGAAUAGGAAUACUGUACAUCAUCAGAUUGCCCAGACACUUGCAAUAGCAUAUAUUCCUUAAUACAGAAAACAGUUGUUCUGCAGUCAAAGUUCUUGUGAUUUCAGUUUACCCUUUUUCUCUCACGCUCUACAAGUUAGUUCAGAACCUUCAGAGAUCUGUCAGUUUUAUGUAUUUAAAAGCAUUUAUAAACAAUGUAAGUGGUUUUUUAAAAAUGGGACUUCAUGUAAAGUGGAGUCAUUAAACUAUUGACUUUGCUUGUGUUCAACGUUUCAUGAGGAAGCACAUUUGGCUGCAGCCUCAAUUAUAUUCUGUAACUGGACUAGGGUUCAGAAAAGUAACCUACAGAAGUAUGUGAGAAGGAGUAUUGGAGAAGGUGAAUGCUUUGGGGCUCUUUCAGAAUAUUAAUUAGGCUUGAUUUUUGUUUCAGAGGCAACUGGGAUUUGAAAAUAGGUUGCAUCUGAUAGUUGAUAGCUGUCAAAAGUGAAGAAGCUUGCCCUACUUUAAAAGAAGAAUUGCAACAGUAUAGGAAGAAAUAAGGUGGCAAGAUCAGUGACCUGACAAUUUGUUCAGUUGUCUCAGGGCGAGGAGAUCUGUUAAGCUACUGCUGGAUAGAAAGCUUAAGGGAAGAUGAUGGAAAGGAAGUGAGGUUCAGAUGGGCCAAUCAGACUUAAUUCACAAACUGUCCAUUCCAGGUCUGCUGUGAUGCUAAUGAUGACAGCUGAGGUUGGGACUUCAACAGCCAUGGGUGCUAACAGGUGUGUCGUGGAGCAAAUAGGUACUGCUGUGGCGGGAAGGUAAACAGCAUUUCCGUGUUCUCUGGCUUCUGUCACGGUGUCCCGUUGCACCAGAAGCGGUUUAGUCGUGCAGGCCACAUGACCCUGGAAAGCUGUCUGCAGUCAAACGCUGGCUCCCUUGGCCUGCAAGCAGAGAUGAACGUUGCACCCCAAAGUCACCUUUGACUGGACUUAACCGUCCAGGGGUCCUUUACCUUUUUGCCUUACCUAUUUCUGGUGCAGUACUUCAUGUAUGUGGUGACUCUGUCCCAUUUCCAAAGAGAGAUUUUUCUAUAGGCAGGAUAGUUGGAACAUCUGUGAGACCAGUGCAUGAAGCCUUGACAAAUGGGAAAUGCAGAUUUUCGGCUUUCAAAAGCUAGGGCUCUCUAGACUUGGUGAAGUGUAAGGAUAAUGGACACUGUAGUAUUUGAGGUGGUUAACGCAUCUAAAGGAUCUUUGCAUUGUUGAGCAGUAGAUUCUGGCCUGAAAUUAGUUUUUGGAAAAUAGUUAAACAAGAGCCAAAAAAGUGAGUAUGUAUUGUGUGAAUGAUUCAACUGCUCAGAGUGUAACUUCCUCCUGAAAGUCAGACUUUGCCUUUGAACAUUAAUAAGAAAUGAUAAGAAAUUAAUGCUAUUAACUAUGCAUUCCAACCCAGCAUAGUAUUGUACUACUGAAACUCUCAGCUGCCAUCUCUUGCCAAGUGGAUAGCUAGGCAGUGUUGAUGAUUCCAGACACCUCUUGAAAAUCAGGGAUGGUGGGGCUCUGCUAAUAUUUCCACAAUUCAUACAGAGGUGUGUUUUAACAGCCCCCCCCCGACAAAAAAUGUCCAGUGUACCUCUGUGACUUUGCAUUAUAGGGGAAGAUCAGUAGUGGUGGGCAAAGUACUCUUCAGGGAAGCUUAACAUAAAAAGAUCCUGCAAGAUUAAGCUAGUGUCCCAUCUAGUCCAGCAUCCUGUUCUCAUCAUGGCCAUCCAGAUGUCUGUGGGAAGCCUGAAAGUGGGACCUGAGUAAAUUUCUGCAGUUUCCUGCAACUGAAAAUUUGACAGCCAUUGCUGUUCUUCUCACUGAUGAAGAAUGCCGCCUCAUCUUCCAAGGAAUCAAAGAACCUACUCCACCAAUGACCAGUUUAUUUUGUGGGAGAAUUAAGGCAGAACAGAACACCAGAGGCAAAUGACAUCUGUGAAGUUAAUGGUAUUGUCCCAAAUUGGAAUGCCCUCCCCAAGAAGUACAGCUAGUGCUAAUAUUAGUCCUUGCAGUCACAAAUUAAAUAUUUCUGUUUACCCUGGCAUUUUAGGGUUUUCUUUUAUUCAUUUAACAGUUGUUUAUUGCUGCCUCCAAGCUUUAAUUUAUUGAUGUUUUUAAUUGUUUUAAUCUUAUUUAUUUGAGUGAUUUUAUAUCACUUAAUCAUAGUUGUCUCUUAAGUGGCAUAUAGGAACUACAAAACAUUAAGACUGAAAUAAGUAAAAAUUACAAAAUUUCUCAGUUUAAAAGCCUGCUGGAAUUAAAAAGUAUUCAGUAGGCACCGGAAGUUCAACUGGGAGGCAAUCUAUUUGACCUCAACUGGAAGGAAAUUCCACAAAAUACUGAACACGUGGCCCCUUGUGGAUACAGGCUGUACAUCUGAGCCAUGGGGUACCACUAGCAGUGAUUCCCUAAGGAAAGAUGGUGAUCAAACAGGUAUAUAAUAGAUUAGGUGGUCCCUGAGGUAUCCUGGACCUAAGUUGUGUAAAUUCCAUUUGGAUAAAGGGCGGUUUAGAAAUAUUUUAAAUAAUAAAAACAUUUAAAACUCAAAAGCACCUAUGUAUCCAGUCAGAAAUGUUGGAAUUUGUGUGCAUUCAGUUUCUCUAAUGUGAAUCAAGAGUGAGACCAUAAUAAAGCCCAGCGAAGUUUAUCUUUGGAUCCAUCAUCAGUUUUUGGAAUUUUUCACUUGUGUGAGGCACAAUCCAAUUAAGCAAGAGCCUGUAGUCCCUGAAGGAUGUGCUAAAAUUCAAUACUUUUGUGUGCUCUGUUGGCCUGCAUGUGACUGCUUCUGUGUACUAGGCUAGCGCCUGGAAGUUAGCACAAGCUUUAGUUAGCACAAGGUUUUCAGGUGUGAAGCAGAUUGUAAGUGAGCAUUUCAAUUUCAGUAUGGUUUAGUAGUGCCUUCUGAUUCUAUUAGUACAAGUAGAUUUCAAUUAAUAAAUCAGUGUUUGGAAGACUGAAACCAUUAAUGUAAAUGAAAGCAGAAGGCUGGAGGAGUGUGUGUCACUUGAUUGAUAGAACUUGUAAAUGACUUAGUAGAUUUGUUUUAGAAGCCAUUGUGCUUCGUGUGCAGAGAACAAUUAUCUCACCUACCUGCCAAAGUCUGGUACAACUCCUUAGCAACUUUUAGCAAGUCUAAGUAAAUAAUAAAGGAGUUGAAAUUCAAAGUAAGUUAUUCUUGCAUAUUAAUAAAGCAAAAUAUUUCAGCAUAGUCAUUGGGUGACUGGCUCUGUUUAUGAUCUUGUUUCUACAAGCCAUUGGACUGGUAGAACAAUGUUUGGGGUGCAGCUUAGUGUCUGCUGCGCUAGCAACACACCACAGCAUUCAUCUUUGCACUUGUCGUGUGCUUUGGCUUAGGAUUAGCACUUUGCAUUAACUCAGAGGACAGAAUGGCACUCCUCUGCUGCCUGUCACUGCACCCAUCCCCAAGUAUGAUAUAACUAUGUGAUAUGAAGCCACAGAGCAGAAAGUGUAUGUAUUGAAGAUGAGGAAAAUGCAGAAUGGGGUAGGAUAAAGUACAACAUGCUUUCUAUCUGAGCAUUUCAUCAGAACAAACCUGUGUGCCUGAUGAACAGAACAAUCUUUUGGGGUUGGGUGAGGUAGAAUCUGGCAGAAAUCCUUGAUUGAGCUGCACUUGCUUAAGUAACUUUAUGUGCAGUAGCAGCUAUGUGUAUUGGAUCAGAGUGUUAAUGCCUUCUGCCAGUCUUGACUUCCUUUGUUUUUGUCUUGCAGGAAUUUAAUUAAAAUGCUGCUGUCAAUAGGAAUGUUAAUGUUGUCUGCCACUCAAAUCUACACCAUUCUCACAGUUCAGCUGUUUGCUUUCUUAAACCUAUUGCCUGUGGAAGCAGAUAUUUUAGCCGUAAGUAUUAUUUAUUUAUUUUCCCCUGUGCUUGGGAUUCACCCAAAGGGCCCCCAUCAGUGGAAGCACGGAACCAGGACUUCUGCUUGUACAGCAGGGCUGUCCCUCCCCCCCAAAGCACCCCAAAAUUGGCUGAGAGAGGGGCUGGAUAAGCAUCACAGCAAUGCAUGGGGAGGCGAAAGGGGGGCUUCUUCCAUCUGGCAAGCCGAAAUACUUUUGCAGAUGGAGUGUUCAUCAUAGUGCAGCAUUAAAUUACACCGUGUGUGUAAAGCAUUCCUAAAGAGACAAUGAGGUUGUCAAAGGAUCCAAGGGGCUCUCAACCCUUAAACUGACAUAGGAAUAUCUUUGAAAAAUCUGAGCUAGCUUUUAGGUAAUAGGGACACGAGUGGCGCUGUGGUCUAAACCACUGAGCCUAGGGCUUGCCGAUCAGAAGGUUGGCAGUUCGAAUCCCCGCGAUAGGGUGAGCUCCCGUUGUUUGGUCCCAGCUCCUGCCAACCUAGCAGUUUGAAAGCAUGUCAAAGUGCAAGUAGAUAAAUAGGUACCACUCCGGCGGGAAGGUAAAUGGCAUUUCCGUGCGCUGCUCUGGUUUCACCAGAAGCGGCUUAGUCAUGCUGGCCACGUGACCACGUGACCUGAAAAAACUGUCUGCGGACAGUUGUCGGCUCCCUUGGCCUGUAAAGCAAGAUGAGCGCCGCAACCCCAGAGUUGGACUUAAUUGUCAGGGGUCCUUUACCUUUUUUUAAAUGGGUGGAAACUGAUUUGGGAUGUAAUAGGUUACAAGCAGUAAUUGGUUACAAGCAGUGGGUGCAAAAAAUGCAAAUUUGUAUGCAUUUCCUGUUUUCUUUCACAUGCUUGCUUAUGAAUAUGGGGUUAGGCAGUUUACGCUUAUUUUAAGAUAGUAAAACGCUAAUCAAGGGACUUCACUACAUUAGUUCAUCUACUUGCAAUAGUCUCCACUUAGAACUUGUAAACAUGCAUUAUUUAGCAUAGAAGGUAGUAAAAUGUCUCCAAUGCAAAGAGGAAUUGCUGUAGGAAUGCCUGCAUGGGGUGAUAUAUUGCUUUUGAUCUGCUGUUUCCAUUUGAUAAAGUUACUGUGUAUAGUGACCUAGUCUGUUGGGGCUGAUCAGUUCUAGUCAGGGGCCCAGUUUGUAUCUCAAUUCAACCAUAGUUUAUGUUAAACAAUGGUUUAAUGUGAAUUCAAGGUUCUGAUAUAUAAAGCCCUAAAUGGUUAGUACCUGGUUACCGGCAGAAUGCCUCUCCUAUACCAUCCAGCCUGGGGCAUGAGAACUCCUGUGGAAGCACUGCUGGUAGUUCCAGGCUUAAGUAGAAUCUGGUGAUCACUAACCUGUCGGAGAGGCUUCUCAGCAGUAACACCAUGGUUUUGGAACAUACUUCCUCUGGAGGUUACUUUGGCACCAACAUUCUGUAUCUUCAGGCACCUCCUGAGCCCGUGCGUUUUUGAACAGGCCUUUUAAAGCUGCAAGAUUGGCUUGUGUAGUAAGAACUGUUGCUACUAUUAGUUUUACUACCUUGUUCUAUGUGUUUGCGAUUCACACUGGGGUCUUGUGAUGAGGGAAGGAUAUAAGUUUUAAAUAUAAACAAUAUGUUGCUUGUUCACAUUAAAGCAUAGUUUAAAACAAACUAUGGUUUAACAUGAUGGCGGUCCCUGCUUUUGGCCAUUUCUAAGUGUUCUCUAAUCUACAGUCUCCCGCACUUCCCUUUGUAUGACCAUUACACUCCAUUCACUUCUGGCAAGAAAUUAAUGAAUGUGAAACGUCUGUUCUUUUGUCAGUCUUGAAACUCCUGCCAAUCAGCUUCAUUGGAACGCCCUUAGUUCCUGUACUGAGAAAGAGGGGAGGGGGAAUCUCUCAUUGCUUUCUCCCUAACAUAUACACUCCAAUAAAGCUUUCUCCCCUCCUAGGUCAUCCAGGCUUACAGGACUGGAUAUAGUAUUACUGCCAUGCAAGCUUGAGCUGCAGUGCCUCUCUUCAUUUAUAAAGAAAAGAAAUCUUCUUUGCCAGCAAUAAUGUGUGAUUGCAGAACUUACUCCUUCCCCUCUGUUUUUCCACUACUCCCCUUUUAGUAGCUUCUUUAAACAGUGUUUUUUCUGUGAUAGCUGUUCUCUCCUAGCAAAUUCUCCAUUCUUCGCUCUUCCCCCAUCUGCAUUAAGCCUGUGGUCAACCCAGGAAUCUGUAUUUAAUAAAAGAGUCCCUUAUUUCUUUUGACCAGAAAGUCCUCCGCUUAUGACAAGGAUUCACUAUUACAAACACACUUGGCUCUAGUUGGCUCUAGUUCAGUUUUCACAAAUGGUACAUUUUCUUCCUUGCAGUAUGUUAAAAACAUAACUUUUAUUUUACUUAAUUGGAUUUAAAAUGGCUCUUUUUUUUUUUACUCUGGUCAGAAGCAUAAAAAGAGCUCAGGCAAAAGAAUGCAGAUUACAUAAUUUUAGUGGGUUUCUGCAAUCUGACGGUUGUAGAUUCUGAACUUCCAUAAAGAAAGCAUUUUACAAUGUCUAAGUUCAAAACACACACUGCCUGUUUUGUCCAUUUUAAAGAAAUAGUCUUGAUUUUGCUUUGUAACAAUUUCCAGGGGCUUGUCGUGUUAGUCUGUUGUAGAAAUAUUAGCAAAGACUGUUUAGGAUUAAAAACUUUAAUGUUAAAACAUUUUGCAAACCACUUUUUGCUGUUUACUGCGCAUUCUUUUUACAGUAAAAGCAGACUUUACAGUGAAAUUUAAGGAACUGGAACACUUCCAAAGAGGAGUUCAGCAUUUAACUCAUUGCAAAAAUGUUUGAAGGUGGAAGAACCUUGGGAAUUAAAAUAUUGCUGAGCUAUGUUAUAAACUGAAACUGAAGCAGGUCAAUAGGUGAAGAAAGGAACUUCAGGGGCUGGUCCUGGGCACAAUGUGGGGCAUAUGACAAGAUUUUGUUGAGACAGUUGAACUGUACUUUGAGAAAUGAAUGAUUUGUGCUAUUGGUAUCUUAUUUCUUAGUAGUAUGACAAUGGUUUUAUAUGGUCCCCUUUCCAGUUUAGUACAUAAUAUAAUCCUUCACUUUCCUUUUGCUUUUAGUUUAAUUUUGAAAAUGUAACACAAACAUUUGAUGACCUGCCAGCAAGGUUUGGCUACAGACUCCCGACGGAAGGCUUGAAGGUAAGAAGCAAGAGCAAGUAACAAAAUAGGAGCAAAUAAAGAAAAUUUAACAUGGUGCUUUGUGAGUUCUUAAUAUGUAGCUUAGUCUCAAUUGGCUCUAUGGAUUUUACAACUGCGCAACAGACUUAAUCCAAAAUCAGCUGGAAAAGGUGGUAGGCACGACUGUGUCCCUAUAGUAAGAAAAGAAAAGAAAGAGCUUUCUGCCAAUAGUGUUGCCUAGAGCAACGGAAGACAAUGCAAAGACUUUCCUUUCUAGUGUGGAGGAUUUCAAGAAUACUUUUAUAAUCCUUGGUGAUUAAUUAAGGGACAGGGUGUUGAGAAAUAAAGCUUUGAUAUAUAAACCCUUAGAUAAACCUGCAGAAAAGCAUUUAUGACAACCACUGGACUUCCAUGUGAAGAUGUUAUUAGAAAGCAGUCAAGUAAAAGACUGAGCCCAGAACAUUUAAACUAAGGCUUGGCUUUAGAAUGAUACUAAUCUACUACCUGGCUCUCUAAAAUUACAGAGUUGGAAGGAGUGUGGGAGGUCAGCCCUUGCUCAAUGUUGGAUCUGCAGUGCAGGAUACAACUGCAACAUCUCUGACCUAAAAUGAAGGCGAUUCCACCACCUUCCAAGGCAGCUUCUUACAUUGCUAAACAUCUCCUACAGUUAGGAAGCUUGUACUAAUGUUCAAUCAAAAUCUGCUUUCCUGCAGUUUUCACCCAAUGAUUCUAGAUCUUCCCUCUGGAGCAAUCACCUUUCCUCCCUUCUGUGGCAAACAGUAGGUCUUCCUUUCAUCAAGGACCCAACCCUAAACCUACCUGAAAUAAGUGUCCUCCUAUUAACUUCACAGGCUUUAUUUCUUGUCCUGCGAUUGUCCUGUACUUAGUUGCUUGACAGUAACUCAGUGGGAUUGAAUUCUGAGGAAAUCUGCACAAGAUUGACCUGUUAGGAAAUGUUUUUAUUGCUCCUGAUUUUGCUUAUAAUACUUCUGAUAUGCAACUAUUCCUCAAAUGAAGUUGGUCUAAGCUAUCAGUUAGUUAGCUUUAAAACUGAUAAAACGUAACAGCCACGUUUGAUCCUAUCUAAAACAAACCUUAGCAUAAAUAACCAUACUAUAUUUUAAUGCAUGCUUGCAGUUCUUAUCUUAUUUGAUUGCCCCAUAACAAUUGUACACUUGUUGCAAUACCCCAAUAUUUCUUGCAGUUUGAUUCAGGGCUUCUGCUGUAGCCAGUGACUCUUAGUCAAAUAUAAGUGACUUCUGCAUUUUGAACACUUUCUUUAGUUAGACAUUCUUGGACAAUAUGACCUUGUCCAACAAUGGCCGUGAGUCAUUUGUGUUUCUUUCAGUUGAUUCUAAACAUUUACAGCCUUAAUGAAUGUGUAUGCUCAAGGACCUCUACAAAAUACAAAAACCUAGCAAAAGGUUUUUUUAAACAAUGCUGCCAAACAGUGUUCUUGGAACAAUUUGGUUUAAGGGCUGUAGUAGCCUCCCACCCAAACCCUGGCAAUUCGAAUUAUGAAAGCACCAAGGAAAAUCAUACUUUAGUUUAUUUCAGCUGUUGUUUAGAAUUGUGGUGACACAUGUUGUGCCCAUAGAUCCUUGUGAAGCAGGUUGUUCUUGAUAGACAUGAGCACAACCAUAUGUACCUGAAAAGGGGAGCCUGUAGUCCAGCAGCAUCUGAGGGCCAUAGGGUCUCCUCUUCUGAUGUUGCCUUCUCCAGAAUUUGUGGUACUCUUGACUUAGGGCAGAGAACAGCAGGCAGUAGGUUGCAGUAUUGAACUCACUUGUACAUCUUCUCAAAGACAGUAUUGUUUGUUCUGAGAAUAAGUGGUUUGGGGAUUGUGAGAACACUACCCACAACUUGAUCCUCCUCAGAUGUCUCUGCAACACCUAGAGCUGAUUUACUGUUGAAUUUAAUGCAAAGACUUUCAGGAUUUGGUGAGUAUCUUUAACUUGAUACCACCGUAUCUAUGAUACCAUCUAGGCCUUCACAGUUUCUGAUGUGUAACAGUACGUAAGGGGACUAGGAAGCAGCAGUAUGUUGUACUGCUGUUUGUAGUGCAACAUAUUCCAAGAGCAUUUUGGUUUCUCUGGAUAUUGACUGAGGUCUGCCUCCUGUGCCUGCUAAUGUAAUUGCAGCAAGCCGCAGCAUUCAAUGUCUCAAGGUUAAAAUCAGUGCAUGAUAGUUGCAAACACCAGAUUGUGUCACUAUUAAUGCCGUGGUAUGAAUGCUAAAUGCUAGCAGUGUUUUUCAAACCUCUGCUACUGAGAGUCUUGUACAUAUAUUUUCUAAUAGUGAUUUUUUUAAAGUAACUUUACAAAAUAUAGGAGUUUUGCUGAAGAAAUUUAAAAUCCAGACAUAUCUGAAAGAAGCUUUUAUCAUGUGCCCUAAUAGUCAGGAAGGUGGUAGAAAUACAGUUGCAGUAAUUUUAUUUUGUUUUCAUUUUAUUUUUGAGGCAAGAAAUAAGAAUUGCAAGAAAAAAUAGAGGUAUUGGAAUAAUUGCCAUUUUGCUAUUAUGAGAAAAUUCUAUUUAUAUUAAUUUCAAAACAACAUACCACGCAACAGCCAAAUGCUAUUCAUUUCCCCCCCUCAUAUAUCAGUAAAGCAUUUGCUUUAGUGCCAGUCUUUAUUCAGAUUUGCAGUUCAGGAAAGCAACACAGAAAAUUCUGCUAUUAAUGUGGGAAACUGGGAAGCAGUGGAGAAUGGUAAGAUGUAUAUUGAUAUUAAAUUCAUUGAGAGCAGCUGAACUUCCGAAUGUACAACAGACUGGACAGAAGUAUUCAAAUUUAUAGGAAUUCCUUGCCCUAUAAUGAAAUAGUCAUACACCUGGAAGACAUGUUCCUCCUUUUUGGAAGUAUGGUUGUAGGUAUCCAUUGUAUGUUAGCCUAUAGUGAAUAUGAAACUUGAUACAAAGCACAGUAGAUAAAAAAAUGGGGAUUUUGGGAUAUCCUCAGAAACAGUUGCUUGCUGAAGUAGUGACACGUGGAAGUGGGUGCUCUGAUGCACACUUGGAACUUCCUCACUGUGGUGUUCAUAUUGGUAGAGGAGAUGGCUCCAUCUGCUUUGCUAAAGGUCAGACAUCCCCAAACUCUGCCCUCCAGCUGUUUGGGGAUCCCUAGCUAACAGCAUAAAGUUUUCUGGUCAUACUGUUUCAGAACUGCUGAACAUUGAAACUUGGGUGAAGACAAUGUUCAAACAAGGCUAAAUGCACUGCUUGCUUUUUAUUCCUAAAACCAUAAUUCUGUUCCUAAUAUAUUGAUUCACAAUAGCGAUUGUCACCAAAUAGUUAAUAAGAGAAGAUGCCUAAACCUGUGUUGAGGAGAGAGAGCAAGUUGUGACAUUCUCUUUUUUAAUUCCAGCUGCUUUGAUCUGUGUAUACAGAAGAUUGGUUACAUUUAUUUGGCGAAAUAGCUCAUCCUUGUUAAGUGACCUUGGGUGUUCUGAAUAUUUAAUUUCCUGGCUUUCCUUUGUUGGGGUGGGCGGGCGGGGAAUCACUUGAAAGUGAUUCCUUUAAAAAUCCAGCAAUUAUUCCAGCUUUGAAAGGCUUGCUUGAACAAGGUGAUAGAAAUGAAUGCUACCCAGUACCUGCCAUGUUUUAAAUGCAGAUUGCAAUAAAAAUCCUACCAUCAUGCUGCCCAUGAAAGUACCUGAAAGCUUCAUUAGUGGAGUUCUGCUUUUAAAACACUGAAAUUGGCAGGCUUCACUCCAGUAGAGCACUUCAGCAUAUCCUUAACUUUAAACUUUAGCUUUCAUGAGACAGUGUGCAUGUUUAAAACGAAGUAAACACUUAAGUGCUUUGUUGGAUUAAUGCCCAGGUGAAGUGGUACUAGAAACAUAUCUCUUUCAUACUUGACAAGUUGUCAUUACAAGUUAUACCAUACUUUGACUUUUGAUGAUUUUUGGGUUUUGCUGAACUUAAGCCCCCCUUACUACUUUAUUUAAAUUAUAAACUCUUCGUGUCCUGGUGCCAUAGAAUGAUCUACCAUGUUUCUAAUCAUUGUGGCGAGAACUUUCUAAAAAUAGGCAUAUGUAAGAGGGCCAAUGUCGUGUAAGGGUUAGAGGAUUGGACUGUGACCUGGGAGACCAGGGUUCAAAUCUCCACUUAGCCAUGAAGCUCCCUGGGUGACCUUGUGCCAGCCACUGUCCCUCAGCCUUUCCCUACCUCACAACAUUCUUAGGAGAAUAAAAUGGAGAGACGACAACAAUUUGCACCACCCUGAACUCGGAAAAUCUAAGUAACUACCAGCCAGUUCCCAAUCUCCUCUUCCUCCCUUCCUGUUUGGUCAAUUCCUUUUGAAUAGCUUAUACCUCUCAAUUUCUACAUUAUUAUUUAUUAUUAAAAAGUUGUAUACCUCGGUGUGUUCUGAGGUCUGCAACUGCUGUCCUUGUUCCUCAGGCCCAGAAUUGGUAUCCGAGGUGAAGGCAUGGAAUCGAUUUUGCAGCUCCAAUGACACAGCAUGGCCCCUGACAGUCCUGCUUCUCUGUGUCACGUUCCUCCAGGAGUUUGUCUCCUACACUGGGCAAUCUUCUCCCUCUCUAGGGGCAUCCUCACCCCGCAUCGCUGUUCCAGGAUGGUCCACUCUGCUUUAGUGAGAAAUUCCUCAUCUUGUCCGAUAACUCCAAGUGUGGAGAGGUGGGCCUUAAGUUGCUGUACCUUCCCGCAAGGCAACCAUCUUGCACUUGCUGUAGGUAUAGUUUUGCACUUUCUCUGGCACAGGUGUUGCAGGUCACUGCAGCAGCUCCCUCACCACCAGUGUAUCUUGGUCGUACGUACACUGUGAGUCAGCAUUCCUGUUUACAGGUCCUGGCCAUGAGCUCCCAAAGGCUGCAAUCAGCUAAACAGAACGGGUCUGGCUGCUGACUUUUCCCCCAGCUCACUUCCUACUUUAAAUUUGAAACCAAAUGGCUGCUGAUCCCGUCUUCUAAUCAAAGGAUAUGGAGAACAGCAUAUAAAGGUUCUAAAACACACCCUAAUAUAGUUUCUUAAUGCUCACCCGGGAAAAAACAACUACUUGUGGAUACAAAACCAACAUAUAAUAUGUUGUUCCCUCCAUACUAGUUUUCUAGUUAAAGGAAUUGUCUUUAAAAUAAAUACAGGGGCAUUGAGAAAAUGUGUGCUGUCACCAGCAUCUUAAAAUAGUAUAGUCUGUUCUACCACUGCUACAUGUAUCAAUCUGGUCAAAAUUAUCUUCUCUAGCUGUAGUGUUAAGAAUUUUCACAACUUGGAGUUCAAUGAUAUGAGGCAAGUAGCUUCUACUUAUGCAGCCAUUUUGUGACUGAGAACUGACUGAUUUGCUUUUGAAAAAUGUCUUUCAGGGUUUUCUAAUAAAUUCAAAACCCGAGAAUGCAUGUGAGCCCAUAACUCCUCCACCUCUGAAGGACAACACAUCUCAUGAAUUCAUUGUAUUAAUCAGAAGACUUGAUUGCAACUUUGAUAUAAAGGUAGGUAAUUUCUCAUAUGUAAGGAUUCUGAACAGUGUUUCUGAGGAUUCAGAAUAAUCUUUAAGUUUGUUCUUUUAAAAAGAACCGUGUAGAUCUGGUGUAUACAUACACAUUUCUUUAGGAACGUGUUACCAAUUUGCACCACUUGUGGUAGUUGCUUGGGUUCUACACAAAUAUUCUUUUAGUCAUUUUCUGCAUCAUUGAUUAAUGUUCUGAAUGUCAUUUAAAGUGUAACAUUUUGUGUUUUACUUUGAUCGGCUCUAUUUUUCUUAAUUUCACAAGAUUUAUAUACCACUUGAUUGUAAUAAAACCUCAAAGUGGCUUGUGUCCUUAAAAAGAUUGCAUGUGGUUACUUACCCUCAGCAAAAUCAGUAUUAUCAAGUGUUGCUGUUGUGGACCCCACAUUUCUGUUCUGUAAAGAAGGAACAGUGCUGGAGGAGGCGUUUUGUGGGGGGUUGACUUGUAUUAGAGGGUAGGAUCAUAUGAUUUCCCUGGAAGAACAUUUAUGAGGGCAUACUUGAUGGAGUGUAGUCUACUGUACAUAGGAAAGAGUUUUAUCUGGUUGUUCUGGUUCCACCCACCACUGGCAUGUGACCCCUUGAAGUUGUUCAUGAGGCAGUGUGGCCCUUGGACUGAAAAAGAUACUCCAGCCCUGAUGUAGCAGGAAACAAUGGCUUCCUCUUAUGCCUGUCUAAUCCGGAUAGGUUCUUAUAUAAAAUAUAAAAUGUUUUUGUUGAAUAUUGUAUAGCUUUCACCUCAUCUGUAGUAUUGGGAGUGUGGGUGGAAAUACUGCAUUAUUAUUUUUUGUGGACAAAGUUGAACCAAAUGAAAAAUUGUGCACGCCCAAAUGGAAAAAAUAAAACGAGAGUACCAUAUUUAAGUGGAGUGCCCCUAGCAGUCCAGUUAAAUGACUUACUGUUGGCAUACACUGAUUAAAAACCAAAUCACCUGAUGUUAUGCUGCCAUUGUAGGAAUGUUAUUGUAGCCAACGAGGUUCCCUCCAUAUACAGUUGUACCUCGGGAUGCGAACGGGAUCCGUUCCAGAGCCCCGUUCGCAUCCUGAAUGGACUGUAAGACAUGACGGCGUGUCUGUGCGUGCGCGGGUCGCGUUUUGCUGCUUCUGCGCAUGUGCGUGAUGUCAUUUUGAGCAGCUGCACAUCCACGAGUGGCGAAACCCGGAAGUAAUGCACUCCGUUACUUCUGGGUUGCCACGGAGUGCAACCCGAAAGUGCUCAACCUGAAGCACAUUCAAUCCGAGGUAUGACUGUACUGGUUUCCCAACUCCCCUCAGCUCCAGCCAGCAUGGCCAAUGGUAAGGGAUGAUGGAGAUUAAAAUUCAGAAACACUUGAAGGGCAUCCCAUUGUGUGGCAGUAUACAACACUGUUUAGGAUAAAAGAUAAAAUGUAACAUUAUCUAAGGAUUCCAAUUUAAGAUACAUGGAAUGAAACUUUGUUGUUUAGUUCACAUUGAAUACAGUUUAAGGCAGUAUGCCUCUGAAUACCAGUUGCUGGGGAGUACUCAUGCUUAGAGUUCUCUUGCACUCUGGUCCUGCUUGUGUGCUUCCCAUAGGCAUCUGGUUGGCCACGGUGAGAACCGGAUGUUGAGAGUGGGUGGACCUUUGGUCCGAUGCAGCAGAGCUCUUCUCAUGUUUUUAGACAUGCUCUUAUCAUCUGCCCAUCCUUCCAGUUGCAGGAUGGAAAACUAAAGCAUCUUGGUAUUCUAUAAAUAAUCUAAACUGAAAUAAACACUUUGUAUUAGGUACUACACUGAUGGCUAUAAUUCCAACAGAUGAAGUGUAUUAGGAGAAGGCUGAUCCUAAUUUACAAAAACUUUAAUGACAGCAGAGAAAUGUCUCGCAGGAAAGUAACUUUCCCCCCUUUCUUUUAGUUUUGUGUAGCAUUAUCCUUUCCCUUCUGGGGCUGAAUACCAUUAACACUAUGGCAUGCUAUUCAUUAUUCAAUAGGUUUCUGAUUCCCAUACUCCUUUUAUUUUUGUUAUAAGAGCAAGCCACUUUGAAGCUGGAACAAUCUUGGAAUAAAUUUUCACAAGUAGAUGAAGGAAUGGCAUGCAUUUUUACAGGAGGAGCUUUGACAGCCUUAGGGUUGCUUUUGUUAGAUGGGAUGGAAUACUAUAAUGCUGCAUUGCUAAUGUCACCUCUGAAAGUGAGAGCAGGAAAGCAAAACAGCAUUGUCAAAUCAAAGCCUGAAAUGUUGGGCUUGAGCAGGAGUGGCUAACUUGUGGCCCACCACUGCCUUUUAAUUUUCAGUGCUUAAAAUCCUGGGUAAAUUACCUAGGUGUUCUGGGAUUAUAGUACUACUGCAUACACCAUAGUAAACAAACUUUCUGUGGUCCUCCAAGGUGUGCAUGCACAUCUCCCUAAAACAGAAUCAAUGUGCAUAAAUAAACUUAGUUGCAAAAAACCCAUAUAGACUCACUGCACAUUUUUUCUCUUCUAUUAUCAUUGUCUGUACUGUUCUAGUUACUUGGGCAAAAAAACUUGUUAAUUGAUUUUGAUAGCAGCUACGUUUGAACGAACCUUGCAUACUCACACAGUUGAUUUGUUCUUCCAUUCUCAUGAGCCAGGAAGUGUUAGUUAAGAAUAGUUUCCUGCUGUACCAGAACUGGUUCUUGAUGGUUAAUGGCUUCUAAACUAUCCAGAAUAUUAAGCCAUGCUUUAAAGUUGGCUUCAUAUUCUAGAUUUUUUGGAAACCAUUCCCCAUUGAUGCCUAGUUCAGACUUAAUGGGAAGCUGUAGUUAAUGGAGAUGUCCCAAGGUGCCAGCUCCUUCUCACCAAGCUAUGUGAGGCAUGUUCAUAUUUAUUUAUUUAUUUCAUUAAAUUUAUAUACCACUUGAUUGUAGAAAAAGCAUCAAAGUGGUUUACAACAAUAAAAUGACCACUACAAAAUUUACAACCAUAAUUUAAAGCGUACAGAAAGUUAAAACCACAAUAGAAUAGACUAAAACAAAUCAAAACUCAUACAGACUUUCUAAACAUAUGGGUAGACACAUCUACAUAAGAAUGACUUUAGCAGGCACCAAAAAUAAUACAGUGAAGGUCAAUAGGCAGGGAGUUCCAAAGUGUCAGUGCUGCCACUAAAUGAUUGAGUUUUUAUAGAUGCAGUGCAGGUAUUAUGUGGCACCUGUAAAAGUGCCAGUUCUGCCAAUAUCUCAGCUUUACUAUGCUGAGGUAUGAUUGCUUGCCCAAAUGGGCCCAGUGAGUUGCAUCCAACAUUCGCAUCAUCCAACGGAAAGGAGCCUGUCUUGGAUGGAAGGUUGAUCUAAACCUGUGUGUUCUGGAUAGCUGUGUUAAAAUAUUUUGUGUUGUACAAAACGAAUAAUAUAUUAUAUUCCUGUAAUAGUUUAUCCUACAAUUAGCUCAACUUCAAAUCUUCUGUGGUACACAAAUCAGAAAAAGUAUGAAGCAUAUCUUGUGUGCUUUCUGAUCCUGUGACAUCAGCAUAGAACAGAUCUCGCUUCAAAACUUCACAGCUGAAUGCAGUAAUGAGAACUGCCUGUAGCUCAUUCAUUUGAUCUCUUGCUGCAGUGGAAAAGCAAGCCGUGGGAACAGAUGACAGCUUUCUCUGUGCAGCAUCCAGAAGUGUAACCUAUGCAUCUCCCAAAGGAUUUGGAUGUCUGUAGCAACAAGAGCUGUAGGAAUGUAAAUGCCAGUUUCCUUUAGGGGAGAUAAUUGCUGUGACCUGGUGGUAAAAAGUGCAGUAUGGUUAACCUACUGCAACAGACGAGGCGCCAGUGUAGGACAGAUUCUACUGAUGGAUCCAGUUAGACAGCCCACGCCUAAAGAAAUGCUAUUGACUUUGCAGAGCACAGUUGCCAGGAGAGUUGGGUUAUUUGUGCUUGAGAAAUGCCUACUGAGCCCCAGGCAGAUUGUAAAUUAUCCACUAAUAGAAUAAGUAGCAGGCAAUUGGGGAUGACACAGAACUUGGGCAUGGACAAAGUCUCCUGAAGUUGUGUGUCUAAUAACUGAAACAAUAGACUGAAAACAACUGCAAUCAAUUCUGAUUCCUGAAUGGAAAACCUGCAUGAUUUGUUUUUUUAAAAGGCGGCACAUUUCCACAAAGUUUUGUUUUUAGAGCUCUUUCAAUCUAUUGAGAGGAAAUACUCAGAAAACAAAUCUGGGAAUUAAGUUGAAUAAACAAUAAGUGAACUUGUGAGUUUUUGGCAUAUUUUGCUGGCUCCUUUUGUGUGUGUUUCCUCUUUUGUAGAUCAGCAGGUUAUGAAUAUCCAUGAAUGUCUGCCUGGUAGAUCAAAUGGUUGUUUAGACAUCAAAAUCUAAGCAGUUCAGUUUUGUGUUUAUGUAUUUAUUUGUGAGGACUUUGGAAACAAAGUGUUCCAAUCUUAUCCCCAGCCCCUACCAAGAGUGCUUCUGUUUCUGCUCUAGCUAGAUUGAAGCAGGAGCCUUGGAGUGCUGUUUAGGGUUCACAGAAAACUGCUGAAAGCUUCCUUCGCUGUGCUUUAUGAUGCUAAAGGCUUCAUGGUUUGGGCAGGCUGCCAGCCCUGAACCUUAAUACUUUAUUUGUGGUAUAGCAGAGGCGGAGAAACCCAAGGUCGGGGGGCCCUUAGAGUCUCCCCAGGUUGUACUCCCCUGACCACACCCCUCACAUGUUCUGCUCCUUGGCUGCCUUGAAUUGCCCUUCAACUGCGAAAAUAUAUCUUGAGUGUAGAAACCUCCGCCUUUUUGCAUUGCGGGAUGCAAAUUGCCCACUUUUGCCUCUGGUCCUGUCCACUACUGGUAAGUGAUACCCUCCAGAAUGUUGCCCACAAGUUAACGUGGUUUUGUGGCUGGAAAAGGUUUUCCACUCCUGCUGUAUAAAUUAAGUUAGUGAGCUAACCUCAUGGUGCAUCUUUCCUCUCUGGCUCAAAUGCUUACCAUAAGAAUAUACUGUUGGGGUUGGAAACAGGGCCACCCCCCCCCCUUGCACUGGUGUUUAAUGGGCACCUUCAGCAUCCCAUAACUUAGCUGGCCUAUAAACCUAGACCAGCUAGGUCGUUGUUGUUGUUUUUUUGGGGGGGGGUUGCAAGAGCAACCACAGCUCUGUACAGCAUAUAUUUAACCUGUGUUGUCCUUGUGAGAGACGUCACUAUAACUGAUGAGUAAGAGAGGGUGGUUUAUCCAGAACACAUUUUCCCCUGUUUUGCGGGAUGUGAUGGAGACACAUUAUGUGGCCGUGGCUCAGAAUGAGAGAUGGUUUCAUGUGUAGAGAGAUUCCUCUGCUCUCUUAGAGGCACAAGCCUUACUGAACAUGUUUUGAUACGGAAUUUGGGGUCAGCCUUGGUAUCAGUUGGCGCUUGCAGUAUAAUGCAUUGGAGCUGUGAGAGCAUUUUAAAACCCUGAAAGGAAAACAGAAAUUAUUUUACAAUGCUGCUACAUUGAAUCCUUAUAGUUCUAAUUCAGAUCACCACAUGUGAUGAAGAUUUAGGACUAGAUUUUGAGGAGGCUUGGAGGGAUUCUUAACCCAUUUAUCACUGUGCACAUGAAAGAGGAGGAAAUAAUCUACAGUUUGAGAGUGUGAGGUUUGACAUGAAUGUGUAAGCUUCCAAGGAAGAGAUUACAGCUGUUUUGCACUUCCCCUGGACCUGCUGCACUGCUGUAGGCUAAGCCAUGCUUUGACUUAGUAUGUUGUCCAAGCCAGGACUCAUGGCUUGUCUGAAGGAGACAAACCAUGAGCCUAGGUAUGGAUGACACGCUAAAUUAAACUGUAGCUUAGCUUGGAGCAGCAGGUGAACUGUGGGAAGAACUCAUUGGUGACUCCAAGAACCCUGACACAAUUUUGCUAAGCCAUAGUUUGGUUACGCUUAUGUUUUAACCAGCUUAUUUUAUUUAGUUAUGUCUGUGAUUAAAUUAGGGAGUUCCCUCUCCCUUCCUCCACCAGUGGAAAGCUGUUAACAGAAGAAUGUGAUCAAGCCUAACGUUUUUGCAUGAUUAUGCAGAAACAGGCUGUUACUAGGAUCACUGUUAGCUAUUUUUAGUGCAGUAGUAUAAAAGUAGGACACCAAAUUCUGUUGACAGUGUAACAUACCUCACGGAGUUCCUGGAAGUAUUCUACAGAGUUAACAAAUUGGUUAACUCUGUUAACCAACUAUAUACUGUUAACUAACUAUAUACUUAGUCAACUUCAGUUGGAAAUGCAGGGUACUGAAUAGUGUACAUUAUUAACGGUUCUAGUUACAGGUAGGUAGCCGUGUUGGUCUGCCAUAGUCGGAACAAAAUAAAAAAAUUCCUUCCAAUAGCACCUUGGAGACCAACUAGUGCACAAAGGACAGUAUACUUCCGGUGUGGUGGUGUGAUUAGAAUGCUGGACUGAGACCAGAGUUCAAAUUCCCUACUUACUCAUAAACUCACUGGGUGAUCUUGAGCCUGUUACUGUCUUUCAGCCCAACUUACCUAUUUCACAAGCUUGUAGUGAUGAUAAAAUGGGAGAAGGGAAGGUGGAUAUAUGGAUAUAUUUUGUGUAGCAAUUUGAAUACUGCAUGAAUGAAAGGGAACUUGCUAAUAUCUUUAAUAUUUGCUAAUGUUCUUAUGCACAAAAUGUUCUGAGUUAAUUUCUCAGUUCUGUGCAGUUUUUUUGUUGACAGGCAUUUUGUUUGGCUCACAGGUUCUGAACGCACAAAGAGCUGGCUAUAAGGCAGCCAUAGUUCACAAUGUUGAUUCCGAUGACCUCAUUAGCAUGGGAUCUCAAGACAGUAAGUACAGGUAUCUUGCUUGAUGACAUUCUCCCACUCUUUGCAACAAUCAAAAACAGAAGCUUCAGAAUGUGUACAAUUCAAAUGAAAAUUCAUUUACUUCCAACUCAGCCAGUUGGAAGUAACAUUUUCGGUCCUGCUAAUGUUUUGAAGAUUGUAAGCCUGUCAGACGUUUAGCCCUCCUCCUUAAAAAGGACUGAAAUCAGUAAAGGUGAUCAAGAUAUAACAGUAUGACAAGAGGGCAUAAUAGACUGGGUGGUAUAUAAAUGCCAAAGAUAGAUAGAUAGAUAGAUAGAUAGAUAGAUAGAUAGAUAGAUAGAUAUGUAUCUAAAAUAAAUACUAUUUUUGUUGCAAUACGCUUUAUAGUGCUGUGUUCUCCUGAGGGCCAUUUUCCUUAACUUAUUUUCCUCCUUUCAUGUUUUUAAAACUUUUGUUGUUGUUGUUCUCAGAGUGUUUUUUUAAAAUUGCAAUAAAAUUCAACGGGGUGGAGGGAACUAAUUGACAUGAAUUUCUUGAAAGUACUGGUGGUUGUAGAGUACAAAUAUGUAAUGUGUGGAAUCCAUCUUCUGCAGUAAGAAGGCCAGUUCAGAGACAGUAACUUGUCAAAGCCAAAUACCAAGCAUUUUAUAUAGCCAAAGUGCUCCAGCAGAUGCAUAAUAAAAAUGCUGCUAAAACCUUUAGGCCUGGAAUGUCAGUUCUGUUUUGCUUUAGUGAAGGUCAUGAAGGACACCCACAUUUCCAACAAUAGUCCUUGUAACUGGGGUUCUGUCAAAUACUAGAACCUCUCACACCCUGACACGCUGCUAUAAAUGGAGAUUUAAUGCUCUUUCAUUAUGCAGUGAUCAAUACUUUUGCUCUUAUAAGCCCAUGUGCUUGCAGAGCAGGUACAUACAGCUGGUGUAAGUCAACUAGCAAUACCACUAGAGGGCAUACUAGCAUAGCCUGUAACGGACAUAAUAAAAUGAGCAAAUCUUAGAAACCUGGGAACCACUCAUUCAGCCUACCACUGCAUCCAGACACCAGUCCAGUAUUGGGCAGCCAUUUCCAGCUCGGAUGUUACAGACAAUUAAGAGUUGAGUAUCAUUGGACACCUUGCUCCAAAAUUUCUUAUGACCGCUCCCUACUGUGUUCGUAUUUGGAAGUACUGAAGCAAGGGACGAACAAGAUACUCUGUCUUAGAUUGUAACUCUGCUUUUGGUGUAUCACGUCAUCAGAUCUUGCAUUCCUAAAAUGUGGUUUUGUAAGUGAUUGGAAAAUGGCUGCAUAGGCACAAGAAAAGCAGUUGUGAGCAGCAUACUUGUAUUUGCACAUGACAUUAGAGGUUUUUGCAAGAUAUGAAAGCACACUAUUUCACACGUAACAGAGGUGGUGAGGAGUAGGAAACAUGAGAGACAUGUUUGUUGUGCAGCCCCUCCUUGCUGCAUCUCCCAUCACACUUGGAGUUACUUUUGAUCGAGGUCAGAAAUUACUGUACCUAUUUGCACACCACCAGAAAGUUCUUUCUUAUUGUGGCUGUUCACGCAGAAGCAAUUACACCGGGGUGUUCAUUACCCACUGCAAGGCACAGUUGUAUGCAGGCUAUUGCUAGGAUAUUCCAGACAACAGAGGGGACAUGCAUUCUUAUUAUGUGGUCAUGCGGGGUAAGGAUCAUUUACAUGUUACUGUGUCCAUGUGAAAUACUGUUGAAGGAAAUGGAUUUUUCACAGCACACCCACGCAAAAAGUACCUGAACAGUUAUUUCAUUGCCUUUGCACAGUGAUUUGCUUAUAUUCACCAAUUAUCACUAGUAUUAUACCCAUAUAUAGUAGUAAACAGCACUCAUAAACUGUAUAUUGUUGCUCAUCUUUUCUCCCUUUCUGUCCUCUCUCUUUGAACAGUUGAAGUUUUAAAGAAGAUUGACAUUCCAUCUGUCUUUAUUGGUGAAACAUCAGCUAAGUCUCUUAAAGAAUUUACCUAUGAGAAAGGGUAUGCAAAGAUUUACUUUUAUUUUAGUUGUUUGUGAACUGUUAUUAUCUAGUGAUUUUUCAAACUUUAUAUGGAUUUUUAAAUCAAUAAAGUGUGAUUUAAAUACUUCAAUAAAAUGUGGCACAACCUUUUUUGUCGGGGGAAGAAUGUGGAUAUAGGACAUAGGCAAGAGUGAUUUAUAUUCAGCUACCUUAACAUGAAUUUCACUAUCAAUCCUUCUCCUUUUUCCCCCUUUAACAGAGGCCAUAUUCUGUUAAUCCCAGAGUUCAGCCUUCCUUUGGAGUACUACCUAAUACCAUUCCUAAUUAUUGUGGGAAUCUGUCUCAUCCUUAUUGUUAUUUUUAUGGUAAGUAUAACCUUCUCUCCUGCUCCCCUUCCACAAGUGAUAUAAACAUACUGCUGUUGUAUUGCUGGAAUCCGUUUAGCCUACGACUUACUUGAUAGGGUGCUUCUUCUUUUUUAAAAUGAAAUCAGCACACUAAAGCUCUUAAGACGUACACUAAGAAAUAUCUAAAAAUGGCUUUGAAGCUGUCAGCCAAUUGAGAUCCCCAACAUGUAUACACCAGUUCAAUAAGAGAUUCUGUGGGAAUGGGUAUUCAUAUGUAUGCAACGGGCUGCAAACAUGAAGUUCUGCAUCUGUCGAUAUUAAAAGGGAAGCUGGUGUGGGCCUGGAGGUUCUUUGUAUGCAUCUGCUUCGGUGCCCACAAGAGAUCAAAAGUGCAUGUCCUUCUUUCCUUCUUACUGAAAGUUUAAAUGGUGCCUUUCUCAAAAUUCAAAGCUGUCACUCCCACCACUCAGUGCUUAUCAGUUUGGAAGUGAAACAGUGCUGCUCCAGAAUAAAGUAAUGAUUUACUUGGGGAACUCUGUAGGUUGGAGGAAGUUCAUACAUUGGUAAAUAAAAAUUUUAAAGAAUUACAAACCCAGAACAACAAGGGCAUGUGAGCUUCUAGAACUUAGGAAUUGUUAGAAUUGGAGAACCUCCAGCACGUGGGCCUGUCAUGACCAAUCAGUGGGUGCACUUUGGCCCACGAGGAAUUUCCUCCCAAACUAUACCUACCUGCCCAUCUGUUGACAUCGCUGCUGAGGGAGGACAGAAAAGAGACAAAGCAGAUCUGACUGCUGAGGCAAUCCCUCCAUAAGGCCAGUUGGAGUUGUAUAUUUUAUGCUACAGGUGAAAUUGAUAGUUUUCUGCAUCACAGUUGACACAAGCAUGUUACUUUGAUGCCAUGCUUGAUUUGCAAGUUUCAUGGAUGAGAUGACAGCAGAUGCUCCAGAGACAAAACUCUUUUACUCGUUUUAGACCUAACUUUUUUUAUAUAAAAUUCUUUGAAGAUACCAUGUUUUAUGCUAUACCCAGUGAUUUUUUUCUGCUGUUAUGUUGAAGACACAGAUUGAUUCCUUGCAGGUUAAUCUAAUUAAUCUUUAAUUAGAUUGAUUCCUUGCAGGUUCAGUGUCUUCCUUGUAUGUAAUUUUGAAAAAAGGAAGGAACCUUUACAACUCUCCUAAUUGUCCUUCAUCAAAAGAGAAUUUCCAAAGAAGCUGCAUGUGGUCCCUAAAGUGCUUGCAGCUCUUGUUAGAUGCUCAUGUUGUGCCUUUAUUUUAAAAACAACGUAAAAAAUCCUUGCCUUUUUAGCCUUGCUGAGGUUGCUUAGAAAUUAAUGCCAGAAUAACAGCGAAAUGCUAGAAACAAAUAGGUUUUUAAAAAGCCUAAACAACAUAUCCCCAGUUAAGAGAAUUAUGUGAGUGCAGAUGCUCACACAUAUAUGUAGACCAUGCAUGGGUUCUUGUUCAUUUCAUUGGGGGGGAAACAUCUGCUUGUACAAAGGAACAUACUUUAGAUCUUCUUUUUUUGAUUUUAGAAUGUCAUAGUUACUUUUUUUCAAAUUUAUUUCAUCUAUAGAAGGAAAAAAGUAGGCUGUGUACUCAUUUACUCGCUUAAAAUGCAGCUAGGUCAUUCUUUUUUUCAAUUCAGAUCAAAGCUGGGUUGGGAAAAACACACAUCAAAAUGCAGUAUUUAAUAAGAAACAGCAGGAUAGAUUUGGAUUGUGGCUAGCGUCAUGUGUACACCACUUCCCAAACCAGUGGUGGGAGUGUACUGGAUGUAAGCAUUAAACACAAUCCUCAGCUUUCUGGGGAUUUCUUGAAGCAGAGCUGGCCAUCUGAAGUUGAAUGGACAAAGAUGUUUUAAUCUUAGAAAUUACACUUUCAGUUCUUCUAUCAUACAUUAAAGAACAACAACCAGAAACAAUGCUGACCUCAAAGGGUAACACCAUAGAACAUAGAAUAGAGCUGCUAGGAGACAACUGGUCAAAUACAGUGGAAUUCAAACUCCCUAGGGAAGAAGUACCACAUGUUAUUUAAAAACAAUUGUAUCCCUGGGGACGCUGCCUUUGAUAAGCUUACUGUAUGUGCAAUUAAAGGAAGACACUGAAUUGCAAACCUCUGGAGAAUUUUUCUGUGGAAUACACAGCUAUGUACUAUGUCUAGUUUCUCUAAUGUACGUAUCAGUCUGAAUCAUAGAAAAGAGGCAAAGCAAGAGGAGGUGAUACCCAAAGAUGAUAAACCCAGGGUUGAACUUUCAGUAAAGAAUAUGCAGGCUCCAUCUCUCAACAUUUUUCCACGGCCACAGCUGAGCCCAGAGCAUGAGAUGUAGCAGAGAAGGGCAGUUUCCCAGCCUCCUCUUUGGCAUCUUUCCACAAAGGAUGGGUGCACAUUCUCAUUUUCAGUAUAAGUAGCCACUUAAAAACUCAGCGCAUAGCAACUCUAAGCACAUGGGAGCGACAGAGUCAUUUGUCGCAUCUGGCCACAGCACAGUGGCUCUAUUUUCCUGCAACCAUAGCUAAAGGCUAUAAAGCAGAUGGGGAGAUGACUUGAAUACAAACUUGCAAUGAAUCUGAUGGAGCACAGGUGAGAGCUGUUUAUUGAACCUGCUCUGUGGCAGUGAUGAGGGUGAAGGGUCAUUAUUUUUCUAUUGCCAUUUCAUCUUCAUAGUUCUGUCCAGCUGAGCUUUUCUUAGUGGCUUUAGGUCCUUCCUCUCUCUUUUUUUUUUUUUUUAAAUUGCAUUUCUAUCCCACCAUUUUAUCUAGGGAGCUCAAGGUGUUGUACAUGGUUUCUCCCCCCACCCCUUUUAAUCCCCACAACAACCCUGUGAUGUAAGUUAGGCUGAGAGUGAGUUGCCGAACGUCACCCAGAUUGCCUAGUGGAGAUUUGAACCUUGCUUUCUCAGGUCUUAGUUGGACAUUGUAACCACUACACAACACCAGCAUUUUGACCCAGCAGAAGAAGUGAAAGACUCCUCAUAGGAUAUGCACUUUGAGGGUGGAAUUGCUCACAUCAGCCGCAGCCUGGAAGCCACUAUUGAGGCAGUUCAGUCUAUGAUUUAUCCACAGAGCAUCUGGUUCUGAUGGAUUAUUUUGUUGAGGCCUGAGGAUAUGGGCAAAGUUAGAUCUUUCCUACAUGACAUUGUGUAGGUAAGAGCUGACCAGCUUGGUUCAAGAAAUCAAUGCUUUGUUUUGAGGGAGGCGGGUCAGUCCCAUCUGCAUUAAAGGAGGUAGGAGUGCAAACACUCCUGGAAAAAGUCGUCCCUGGGCAUAAAAGAUUGUAACAGCUUGGCUAGUGGGUAAGAACCAUUCACUAGGCAAGGUGCUUGAGCAGAUGGUUGCUGUACAACCCCCUAACUCUCAAAUUAUAGUAAUUGUGUAGAUCUGUGUCAAUCAGGUUUCAAGCCUGGGUUUGGUCCAGAGAUUGCUUUGGUCGCCUGAUGGUAGGAGGGAGACUGGGGAGUGUGACCCUGUUGGUUCUUCUAAAUGCACUAGGUAGACUUCUUUAGAGCUUGUCACUUGUCCAAUAGCUAUACUAGAGCUGCUUUGGUCUUAUAGUAGCCUUGAGUAGUGGCGACUAUGAUGACUUCAGAGAAGAUGAAGCAAUAUAACCUUGUGGAGGUGUUGGUGUGCAGGAUAAGGAUAUGUACAUAGGUUUUUCAUUCCCACUAUUGAGUCAUGUUUUCUGUGUGGCUGAUUUUGUCUUUCUUCUUUUGAACAACUGUUCUCAGAAUGAAAGGAGACUUGAGUUGUGCGGUGUAUUACUCUUAAAAGUUUCCGUCUUCUAUUUCUGUCUCUUUCAAGAUCACAAAAUUUGUCCAGGACAGACACAGAGCAAGAAGGAAUCGGCUUCAAAAAGAUCAGCUUAAGAAGCUUCCGGUACAUAAGUUCAAGAAAGGUAAGUGUGGCUUUUUAGAAUUGAUUGAAUAAUCUAUGCCAUUUUAGAGCUACAGAUGACACAGGCUAAUUUUGCCAAGGCUGCAAUUUUAUGCAUAUUUACCAUGGAGUAAGUCCCAUUGAAUUCAGUAGGGCUUGCUUCUGAGCAGAACGGUAUAGGAUUGCAAUGAAGAACUCUACAUUGAGUUUUCAAACCUGAGCAGGUUUGAUGUAGAUUGAAUGGCAUCACAUGAUUAAUAUUACAAAGACAUUGUGUUCUGUCCCCAGCUUCUCUGGUUAAGGCACUCAGGACUGGAAAAGAUCUCUGUGUAGUUGAACUGGCAUUAUAGGUCAUUACUACUGAACCAGGUCAUAUAUUGCUGGAGUUGGCUAAAUCUUUUCAUUAACUACUCAUAACCAAGUUCCACAGUGGAAAAAAGCGGGCUAUAAAGGUACUUUUAAAAAAAUUGUACAUGAUACAGUUUGUGAGGACAGUGCAUGCUGAAAUGCUAAAUUACUACAUGAACCAAUAGACAUUACAGUGCAACUAUCCUUGUUAUCCAUAUUGGUAAAGGUAAAAGAUAAAGGACCCCUGGACAGUUAAGUCCAGUCAAAGGCAACUGUGGGUUGUGGCGCUCAUCUUGCUUCAGGAUGAGGGAGCUGGCAUUUGUCCAUAGACCACUUUCUGGGUCAUGUGGCCAGCAUGACUAAACUGCUGCUGGCGCACAGAGGACUAUGACGAGUGCCAAAGUGCACAGAAACACUGUUCACCUUCCCACCACAGCAGUACCUAUUUAUCUUCUUGCAGUGGCAUGCUUUUGAACUGCUAUGUUGGCAGGAGCUGGGACAGAGCAAUGGGAGCUUACCCCGUCACGUGGAUUCAAACCACGACCUUCUAGUUGGCAAGCCUAAGAGGCUUGGUGGUUUAGACCAUAGGGCUACCCGCAUCCUAUCCAAUAUGGAUAGGCCAAAUGAGGACAUUAAAAUGAAGGACUUACUAAGGUUUUUGUAAGUGGUGGCAAUGCUGUCUGGCAUGUAGCCAUAGUAGAAAUAAGCAACUGGGGCAGGGGACAAAAAGUUUUAUGCCAUAUGGUGGAAAUGCAAUGGCACAGGGUUGAAAAACACUCUGCCAGCUGCAUCUUUACAAAUAUGAUCUUCAGGAUUCUGUAUAUACUAAUUGUGCUCCUGAUCAUCUGUAUAGACAGAUUGAAUCACCUCUGGAGUCUCCUGGACUGUACUUACACAUUAUGUUGCAUUACUGUUGGGAGGGGAAAGGAAAGAAUAACAUAAUUAUCACCUUAAUACUAGCAACUGGUUUAUGUGGGUUGGGCAAGUUCACUGGUUGCAGAUCAGUGUUGUGUAUUUUAAAACUAAUUAAAAAAUUAAAAUUAAAACUUGUGCAAGUAGCCUAUUCACGUGAGCUUCUUUGGUGAUCACUUGUAGCUGAGUAAGAGCAAUGAGCAGUGUGAUAUUAAAAAAGGAAACUUUUGUGUGAUUGCGGUUCCUCUUCCGUGAGUCUGUGACUUACAACAGCACGACCAUGAUCGCUUGCAAGUCCCAGACUCCCACAGAGCAUUGUUUGCAUGAGUAGCUUGCAUAAUCAGUUAUUUGUGUGUGAGCCAGUUGCAGUAUGACCUGACUGCUAAUGUAGCCUAAUAGUUUGGACACAUGAGGACACGGGAGUCUUGAUUUUUUGCUUUUGAAAAAAGGAAAUAUGUUUAAUCAUUGUAUACGCACUGUUGUAUGUGUUUUACAAAUCAGUUAUUAAGUCAAGAACUGAAGGCUUAUGCUUGAAUUGGCUCAUGUUUCCCUUCAGUCUCUCCUUUCCAUUACAACUGUGAUGACUGUAUUAGGCACAAUCUGCAACCCUUUCCCCAACUCCAACAUUCAAUGAACCAAUAUGAAGCCCUUCAGUUCUUGGGGAGGAAGAGUAUGUAUCUUUUUGCCAGUGUUUUUGCUCUACAUGUUUUGCCUAAUUCAUUGGACUUUCAUCCUUAACCUGUAGCAUGCAAACAACUGAGGGGGAGAUUUUCACUGACAUUAAGAUAACUACAACAUUGUCAUUGGCAACAUGAAGAAUAUAUGAGGCUUACACAUGGGCUUGGAUUUCGGGGCAGAGCUGCACCCUAUUUGCUGUUCGCCCUUGAUUGCUGUCUUCCAUUAUUGAGGACAUUGCAAAGCAGAUGUUCAGCUGAAAAGAGUGCACAGUGUCAUAUACAAAGUUAGUUUCUCAUAAAAAAUAAUGAGGCUGAUAUUUGCUGAAUAUUUUUGUUUCUCGGGCUUAAAAUUUAAUAGAAAGGAGUGCUAAUUUAUUUUCCUGAUAAGGAUUUCUGAUGGAGAUGAAUUAAAGAGGACAAAUAUGCAAGGAGAAUUAUUUUGUUCUUGUUGUAUUGCAUGUUGUUUUACUGGGUUUGCCAGUAUGCCUUGCUUAUGGAGCAUGGGAGGGGUGUGGUAGAAUUGUGGUAUCCAUGUAUGUGUUUAGUAAGCAUGUUGCUUUUUGCUUUGCUUCAUAAAAGUGGAAGAGAUCUAAUAGGCCACAAUAUCAUACCCAAGGCUGAUGUCAGCAGGUGACAUGUUUGGACCAUUGCUGAGGCUGACUUCUGCUGACCCAGGCCUUGUUUUCCAGUCAGCCCCCACUGCAAUUGCUCAAAGUUGCCCACCAUAAUGCUAUUUCACUGCAGGGCAUUGUGGGUGAUGAUAAUGGCAGCUUGCCUUAUGCUCUUUAGAGGAGUGCAGUCAUUGUCCUUUCAUUAUAUGCCUGCCCAUCUGCCACUGUGUCAUGGUGGAAAUGAAUAGGAGCAGGGUCACCCACUAAUGUUUAGGAGGCCACAUUGACAUAGGGAGCCCCAUGCUGAGGGUCCCCUCAAACCUGGAGACUGCUCUGAUCAAACCUUUGCUCUAAGGUAUUGCCAGUUUUUAAUUGACCUUCAUUAGCAGAGAUCUGACAACUAGAGUCAACUUACAUGUGUUUGCUGCCAUGUGGAGGUACCUCAAAAUGUGAAGUGGUAUAGAAAUGUCACGAGAACAUACCUUUUCCAAAAUUUGGGAGGCAUGGAGAUGAAAGAUUCCUCUUUCUGAGAAGUGUACCGUGUAUUUAUUUAUUUAUUUAUUUCACAAAAUUUAUAUGUCACUUGAUUGUAGAAAAAACCUCAAAUUGCUGUCACGAGUUUGCACAUAUAACUGUAACAGGUCUAUAUAUAGAAUUGAGUUCUAGAGUAAGUGCUGAUUUUGACAGCCAGGCAAGUCUGUUAAAUCUUUAAAGCUGUUGCUGGGUGCUUAGAAUAGGAAGUCAACCCUUUGCCUAAGAACUGAUUGAGGAGGAAAGCAAUGGGGGAAGGAAGACAAGGUGUAAGGCUCUUCAAGUUAAAAAAUCUGUCUGGUACUUUAUAUUGCUGGAGGCACACAUACGAACACUUGAAAUAUGAGUGGAAUAACACUGCUUAUCGUGGAAGAAACACAUUCUCCUAAGCACUUCUGAAGAACAACAUCCAUGGGGCUUAAUGGAGGGGCACACUGCAAAUGCUCAGCCUUUGGGGGCGGGGGGAGAGAAUAUUUCUGAUGAAAAUAGUCCCACAAAGCUAUUUGCCACACAGGUGCCCAUAUGGCAUUUUUCUUUCUACAGGGCAAAUGCUGACUUAAUAGCGCUGUAAAUACUUGCAUGUUUUGCCCUACAUGGCAAAUAGUAGCUUUGGAGUGUUGUGAUUUUAAUCAGAAAAGUGGCAUAGAAUAAUGUGUUACAUACCCCUCCUGGUGCUGCAGUCCUGAUCAGGUGACCUUUAAACUUUAAAAAAAAAAAAUUGCAGGAGAUCCCAUGACACACUUCCCAAUGUCACAUCUCGUUUGGCCCUGAACAGCCAGAGCUGCUGCGAGGGUAUUUGGAGGGCACAACUCUUCCCUGUCUAACCAUUGACAAGAGUAGUGCUCCUUUCAUGGUGACAGGUCUGCCACAAGUUAAUGGCUAGAUUCCAGGCAGUUCUUGUUUUAUGUACUAAUUUCAGGCACAUAUAAGCUGCUGUAUUAGCUGUCCCCAUGAACACAGCCACAGGCUUCUGAGAUGGGUGCCAGCUGAAAGUCCUCAGGCACAUACUAUUUUUAUUUGUUUCCACUUUAUUUGAAUAUUUGCACUCUCCUAAUGGAAAGCACAUUCCAAAUUACUAUAAAAAAAAUAAAUUCCAAUGCCAAUUGAUUUUUUAAAACAGCAAAUAGACUAGGCUUUACAACACUGAUAUUUUGUGUUCUUUGGAGGCAAGACGACAACCCAGAAAUCUUCUGUAACUCCAAGGAAAGCUUUUGGAUUAUUCUGUUGCUUUCCCUUGCUCAUCUUUUCCUGAAGUCUUGUAAACAACUACAUUUUUUUUUAUUGUAAAGGCUAUUACUAACUGCUAAUGCUAAUUAAUUACACUGGAGCUCUCCAAUGUGUGACAUUUAAGGUGCAGUCCAUUUAUACUCAAACACACUGCCAAAUUAUUGUUUAACUGUACAAACCGCUGGAAAAGUGAUAAAUAUUUGAUCAAGGGGCCUUUGUGGAAUCAACUGAGUGGGUGCUGUAUUGAAUCUAUUAUUGAUGGAGACACUAGCAUAGAGCUCUUCAUUCUGGUCUUCCAUGAUAGGCAGAAUCACAGCUAACUCAAUUCAUUCAGUCUUUCACAGGUUUGGAAGAGCAUCUGAAUCUUAAAGAUGAAUUAGCACCCCCCCAGGGGGCCCCACUCUUUUCCAUCAUGGUGAAAGCCAGAGAAACCACAAAUAUCUUUUUCAGUAUGAAAUGUUAACUUCCUGAGGGUGAAAUGAGUAGAGAGAGUGUGUGAAAAAUAGAGUAGAUCUCCACUUAGACCAGCAGUUCUCAAAUGGCACGAUUUGGUAUGGGUCUUAGUAGACCGCCACAUUCAUUAAUUCAUUUUACAAAUCAAAGCACAUAUAUAUAUGGAAGUCAUAUUUUGAUAAAUGUAGUCUUGUCUUUCUAAUGUAAUGUGCUUGUGAGCAAAGUUCUGUGAAAUCCGAUGUUAAAAGUUUCAGCUCAGAUUCAGCAUUCAUCCCACUUGCUGGCAUUAAUUCCCCAUCUCCUAUAACCAGUACAUACUAUUACAAUCACAUGGUGGCCAUUACUUCUCAAAUAAUGGUUGCAUACUUUAUAUUUCCCUAAUCUGCCAGGUUAGAAGUGCAGAAUACAUGCAUUAAUUAUUUCAUAUAAUUCAUCAUCUAGAACACAUGGACCAAACAUCUACUAAAUUAAUACACUGGGCAAUUCCAGCAUGGCUUCUGCAAGAAUAAGACCCAUCUAACCAGCCUCUUAAGAGUUAUUUGAGAAUGUCAAUAAGCACAUGUACAGCAUGUAUACUUAAGACUCUCAAUAUGCUUUCUAUACAGUCUCUUAAAGAUUCCUAAGUGAGCUUAGCAGUUAUGGAUCAGUAACUGCUUGAAGAGCAAGAAACAGAGAGCAGGAAUGGACAGUUCUUACAACAGGGGCAUGUAAGACGUGGGUUCGUCCAAAAAUCAGUUUAGGAACCUCUGCUUUUUAACUUGUUCAUAAAUAGUCUGGAGUUAGAAGUGAUCUGUAAGGUGGCCAAGCUUGCUGAUGACACCAUAUUGUUCAAGGUGAUUGGGGGGGGGGGGGAUGAUUGCAAGGAACUCCAAAAGGAUCUCUCCAAAUUGGCUGAAAUGGGCAUUAAAAUCACAAAUGCAAUUCAGAAAAAGCAAUGGUUAAGUGAUGUACAUUGGGGCAAAAAAUCGUAACUUCAAGGAAAUGCUAAUGGGGCCUGAAUUGACCAUGACUGAGCAGGAAUGAGACCUUGGAAUUGUAGUAGAUUGCUCGAUGCAACUAAUGUGCAACAGCUGUGAAAAAGAAAAUUCCCUGUGAGGCGUCAUUAGGAAAGAGAUUGAGAAUAGAACUUCCAGUAGCAUGAUUCUGUUACUCGAAUCUAUGGUUGAGCUGCAAUACUGGGUAGCAUUCUGGUCGUGUACCUCAAAAAGGUUACUGAAGAGCUGGAAAAUGUGAAGAAAAGGGCAACAAAAAAUAGAAUGUGGAUUGAGUUGGCUUCUAAAUGGCAGGCAGAGUCUCCAGGGGUGGAGGAGGCUUCCUGCUAUAGACCUUCGCCCUCAAAACUAUUAAGACUUGGCAGUGCCCUUCCUCCCUGCUUCUCCUUGCAUAUUUGCUUGCGCUUGAGUGAGCCAUACCCCUGCCCGCCCCCCCCUGUGCAUGUUGUUAAGGAACACAACGUUUUUAGUAUGUACAGGCAGACAUAUUUCUUGCCACUUUUCAGUAUGUGCAAGGUUUCUUAUAGUUAUUUUGGAAAACAGCCAUCUUUAGUGUGACCCCCUCCCCACUCAAACUGCUUUAGUUCAAAAGCAUCAAGAUAGAAGCUAAUAUUGCACUGGUUGUUAAUGCCAUUUGCUAAGUUGCAUAUAAACUGUGUCAACUUCCCGUAGGAAGACCUAAGGAAAAAACCUCUAAGCCUGUUGGGGGAGGUGGGGAACAGGGCACAUUUCAGUCUUAAUUAUUCUUCAAAGCUCCUUUAAACAAUGUGGUAGCUCUGAGUAUGCUGGCGUCUAGACAGAGCAAGCCUGAGUUAUCCCUGGUGUUGCCUACAGAGGGAAACUUGUGUGAUGGCCAACUCUAGCCCCAUAUUGGCUCUUUGUCAGGUUUGGCAAGAGAGGAAUAAAAAUGGCUUGAUUGUUGCUAGAUAAGAUUUCCCAGGACAGUAAUGCAAAAUGCAUUAGCACCAAUAACAACAGCUUCAGCCCUGUUGAUGCUAAAGGAUUAACCUUUCAGGGCUUUCCUGGUACUUAUUUGGAUGGGAAGUAAAGCAGCAGCUCCAGAGGAUUGUAAUCUUGGUAUUAGGCAUUCCUGGGUUUUCUUUCAACUGCAGCCUACUCUGCUUGCAGAAAAAGCAUUGUGUGAUUCCUUGCAUUCAGAUGAGGCUAAUUAGUCAAACUUUUUAGAAAGGGAGAGGGAUCCAGCUAUUCCUUCGCUGGAUUUUUGCUUUAAUUCUGAGCCAACAGUUCUUGGCUGUUCUUGGUAGCUUGCAUUUGGCAUGAGGGGUAUUGUGCAGGGAUGGCCUUACACCUGUCUCACAGUAGUAAGGGAAGAGAAUCAGACCUUUCUUUUAUUAUAUGUGAUGCAUUUCUUAGCAUUUAGGAUGUAGAGCCUGAAGACUUGGUCAGGCAUUUUCUGUUGAAGCCAGCUUUUCCUAUCGAGACAGGGCUUGUGGAGUCUUUGUAGAGACUGCCGUUGCUGUUGUUAGUUGCUUUUUUUGAAACUCAGAGACUUGCAAAAAAAUGAACACUAAAAACAAGGAUAAAACAAGUUAAAAUACACAAGUAAUAUAGAAAAAUUAAGAUACAGAAGCCUGGGAUAAUAAGAAUGUUUUGCCUGGCAUCUAAAAACACAUAGUGAUGGUACCAGGUGGGCCUUCUUGGGGAGAGCAUUCAGUAAGCUGAGAGACCCAUUUUUGUGUUGCCAUCCUCUGUGCCUCGCUUGGAGUGAGCACUUUGAGAAGGGUCUCAGGUAAAGAACACAGGUUCUGGGUUGGUUCAUGUGUUGAGAGGCAGUCCCUGAAGUGUUAGGAUCCUGAGCUGCAGAAGGUUUUAUAAGCCAAAGCCAGUAGUACUUUGACUUUGGUCUAGAAACCAAUUGGUAGGCAGUGCAUUCAGGCCAGGAUUGGUGUUAAGUGCUAGGCAAUUUUGUCUCAGUGAGCAGCCUGGCUGCUGAGUUCUGCACCAGGUGUCUCCAUCGCAUGACCACCUUUUUAACAGAAGGCUCUGUCUGUACAAGUAAAAGAAGAGACACACUGAUCAUGUCUGUUGGAUUCAGUAGGGAAGCCAUUCUGAGGGGGUUCAUGGUUUUGAGACCUACAACUAAUUUUGGGAGAAGGUGGUGUUUGAAGGUGCCUAGGGUAGGCUGAAAAUUCUACGCUAAGUAAACUUUAUGUGGCAAGAUUGGGAAAAAUUCCAUAAAUUCAUAUAACUGGUUUAACUGGUAUAGUUAAACCAGAAGAAAUGUUGAACAUAGUUUAUCAUGGAAGUCAUAUUAAGGAUGCUGACAAAGAAGAAAACAGUGGUUUGUGUUAUUAUAAACUAAAGUAAUAUAAGUACAAUUCUGUCAUUUAGAAAUUGUGUUAUUCUUUCAAAUGGGAUUGUCCUUUAUCCUGUUACUGUCCAUUACUGGCCCAUCUGCCUGACUUCACAAUACUGUAUAACUCCUCAUAUGGUUCAAGUCUUAGUAAUUUUAUUUUCAUGGCUUCCAUUGUUAGUAUCUUAAAACACUUCAACUGUACAGGUAUUUAGCAAUAUAAGGUUUACUAGGGGCUGCUGCCCCUGCUUGUGUUGUUCAGAUAGCUCAGUUGGUGGAACUUGAGACUCUUAAUCUCAGGGUUGUGGGUUCAAGCCCCAUGUUGGACAAAAGAGUUUUGCAUUGCAGGCGGUUGUACUAGAUGACCCUCAUGGUCCCUCCCAACUCUACAAUUCUGAUUCUAACCAGUGCUCUCUUCUUUGAAGCAGUACGUGUCGGCACACCAUACAGUUGCAACUCUUUUACGAUUGCCAGACAAGUUCCUGGAAGGUGCUUUGGCGUUUCCAUCCCAUGUUACACAAAACAUUGCAAAAUACAAAACCACACCCAAUGCAAAGUGUUGUGUGCACUUUGAUGCACACACAAAGCUUCUGAACAAGUCCAUGCAUGUAUUUGUCAGGUGCCCAUCCGUUGAAAUAAAUAGGGAAAGGAGAACUAUUGUAUAUAGAGGAAUUGUGUAUGUGUGUCUGAGCUUGGAUGUUUAUAACAAAUGCUGGCUUGGGGUACAAGGAUGUAUACUUCCUGGUCUUACCAUGUUAAAAGAAUCAGAACUAUUCCCAUUAACAAUUAGUAAACUCCAAAGGGUAAUCAUCUAACCUGAUAAAUUAAUAUCUAAGCAAACAUAAAUUCACCAUAGGUAUCUUCCCUUUCAAAUUGUGUGUUUUCAUCAUAUUGUUGGUUUUUAUAUUUAUGUAUAUAUUAUACUCUCUCUCACACACACACACACACACACACACACACACACACACAGUCAUGUUGUUAUUAUUUAUUAAUAAUUUUAGGAAUCAUGACUCCCAACAAUUAACAAAUUACUAUUCUGUUGUAAAAAUAUUAAGAUGUCUUAGAUUGCUUAACCUCUCUACAAUUAUAGUUUCUCUCCAGGACUAGAAAUGAUACACAUUGCUCUUUCUGAGAAAAGAUCAAAAAUAAUUUUGGUAUUGUAGGCAGCUCAGAAACAUCGUCUAAUGAAACAAGAGCUCUAGUUUCCUUGCAGCCUAGUGUUAUGCAGAUCUCAGUACAGGGCUCUCUUCAUGACUAUUCUUUACUGCGUUUUGGGCCCAUCUUCACCCAUUUUUCAUACACCUUACCAUAAUUGGGGUAGCAGCACUGGAAGCUACCUUAAACCCACUUGAAACAUUGCUUUAUUAUUAUACUGACGGGCUGUGGCUCCAGCAUUUCAUACAGGGAUUUCAGUACUCUCUGGAGGUUCCAAGGACAAUACAAAGGUUCAGCAUUCUCAGUAUUACUCUAUGAGAGAAGCCUGCAUUUAGCAGUAUUUUAAAAUGUUAUGGAAAGUGACCCUGUAAGAAUGUGAGAAAAUAGCAUUAAUAGCUUAACAUGAAGAAGAGAUGAGACACAGUAAUAGAAUAAAAACAAAAGAGACAACAUUUCAUCAAAUUAAUUGUCCUGCAUUCUAAAACAGCCUUGCAGGAUUGAGGAGAAAUUCUCCGUAGAGCCAGUUUUCUAUCUUGCAGUUUCCACUUUUGUAAUGCAACUUUUAUUCCAUUUUUUUCUGCUGCAGGAGAUGAAUAUGAUGUUUGUGCCAUUUGCCUGGAUGAAUAUGAGGAUGGAGACAAGCUCAGAAUCCUUCCUUGUUCUCAUGGCAAGUAACUUCAUUUGGGCUUGAUGUAAAAAUGCAACGAAUAAGAAAUCAAAACCUGUGUUGUUGUUAACAAAUCCCUUUAGUUGUCCAAGAUGCACAGUGAAAUACAAGGGUAUUGUUGGGACUUCUGAAAAUAAUAAAACUGGAAAAAACCAUCCCUUCCUACUUUCAUCUACUCAACAGGUUGUUUAGUAUGUGGAGUUAAGCAGGAGAAUAGUUUAAAGUACUAUAACGGACAAAUAAAAUUGUAUUUGUUCAGCAGACUGCUGCAAAAGCACAGAUGGAAUGGCAACUUUUCCAGGCAGCCCAGUGCUAAUGGCAGUCAACACUAUCCAAAGAAGCAGGUGGUUCCCCUCCCCUGGAGUCUGUACCACUGCCAAAUGCAUAUGCCAGAUCAUGCAUAUGCUCUGUUUGACUGCUCUCCCAUGUCAAAAACCCUUUCCUAUGAAAAAACUGGCAUGCCAGGAAAGUCAUGUAGCAAAUUCAAGGAGUGCAUACAACAAUGGCCAACAGCAAUAGCCAGAUAGAAGUCCUGUCUAGUGAGGUUUCUUUUUAAUAUGGGAAUGGAGCCACAUUCAAAUAUGCUAUUUCCUACUUACAUUUGGAAAUGCUAAUCUGAGGAAAUCUAUGCACGCUUACUUAUUUGAACAGGUAGGUCAGCUAAAAGUUAGGAAGUGUUACACACAUCAAUGCCUUGAUUGCAGCUAGAAAGUGGUGUUUGCAUAAUUUGCUCCCUCCCCGAUUAAUUCUGCUACCUGAGAGACUGACAGUGUUAUGUCUGCCUUAAUCCAGAAUAACUUUUCUCAGUAAUAGGCUGAAGUAUACAUCUAAAUGACGGCAGUACAUGCAUUUGAUUAGAUUGAGAGCUGCAGACAGGGCCCCUUUCACUUUUAAUUUUAUACAGCACUUUGUGCUUUUAAGCAGUCCGACAAAAGUAUUUUCCUGAUACCCAGUGCCACCUAGAAUUCUGUACAGGAACAAUCAGGGAUUUCCAGAGGGCUUCUAAAAGUAGCAGCAAUGCUGAGCUAGAUGGACCAAUUAUUUGAUUUGGUACAAGGGAGCUUAUACCAAGUCAGACCUUUGGUCCAUCCAGUUCAGUAUUAUCCACACUGACUGGCAGCAGCUCUCCAGAAUUUCUGAAAUGAGAUAUUCCCAGUCUUACCCACUGAUGCCAAAACUUGAACCCCAAAUCUUCUGCUUGGAAAUGUCCUCUAAUAUUCAGCUUUAGCCCCUUAUUUUCAAAAUUAAUUGAAGCUUGACAAAUGUUCUAUUGCUGUUCCUCCAUUGAGGAUAACACCUAAGCAGCACAUGGUUGAUUUUUUUUGGGGGGGGGAGUGGACCCCACUAAGCUACCUGCUAUAGAACAGGUAGGGGUUUUGGGGCAGUGUUGUGUAUGUUUUAUCAUGAAAUAUAAACCACCCUCUUUCUAAAACUACUGAUGAAGUUAAGUGAUUCUCUCUUUCCCCCCAAAUAGCAUACCACUGCAAGUGUGUGGAUCCCUGGUUGACUAAAACCAAGAAAACAUGCCCAGUCUGUAAACAGAAAGUGGUCCCUUCCCAGGGAGAUUCAGACUCUGAAACGGACAGCCAGGAAGAAAAUGAAGUCUCCGAGAACACUCCUUUGCUUAGGCCGCUUGCUUCCGUCAGCACUCAGUCCUUUGGGGCGCUGUCAGAGUCUUAUUCUCACCCAAACAUGACCGAGUCUUCAGACUAUGAGGAUGAAGACGACGACGACAAUGAAGAUAUUGACAGUAGCGAUGCAGAGAAUGGAAUGACUGAAGAGAGUAUAGUAGUCCAGCUACAGCCCAAUGAUGAACAGGAUUACAGAAUGGCAAAUACCGUUUGAACUUCAGAACAAAUGGUGUUAACUGAACUCCUCUGUCCAGAGAGCUCUACUUUUAUGUACACAUACAUAGGGAAGCACAUUGUGACCCUGCUGUUGCUUCAGUAGAAGCAGCUGUUCAUAUAGUGUUCUAUAUAGUUUGAUCUAAUUACAGGUUUCUUUGUUGUUGUUGUUUUGUUCCCAUUUGUCUUUUGAAGACAAGCGUUUUAACUGGACUUCACAAUGGUAAUGAGUAACAUGGGGCACUCCCAUCACUAGGGACGACAAUGCACACAGAAAGAGAUGUUAUUUCAGCACCUUGUUAAAAUGGAGUUUAGCCAGGACAGUAAAUAUUUUUUCUUGCUUACAGUGUGUUGGUAAGCAGAGGUUAUAUUGACAACGUUAUUUAUUACAUGUAUGGUACGUUCUACCCUGCAAAUCCAACCAAAAAAAGUAUAUGGGUAUGUGUCUGAGGGCUUUUCUUAGAACAGCUAGUACUCAAUGAAAGAACAAGGUAGGCUUGUUUUAGUAUUCAUUUAUCAAGAGCUUCUCCAACAGAUGAGGGAGAUGGGCUUUGAUCUGCGUAGAAAAGCAAUUUGCCUGCCCUUCCCAUUAUCCUAUUGUGCUUGCAAGAACUGCUGGAAGUAGUGAAAGAAGUUUCAGCAUCACUUAGGCUUAAACAUCUCCUGAGGAAAAUAAUCAGGAUACAAAUGUAUUCAUCUGGCACACUUCGCUAAAAGCAACUCAGUUUAUUCUUAAGACAGGGGUGGGGACCAAUGCAGAAAGGCACCAUCAGGCCACACCACAUAUAGAAAUAUGGAAUUUUGUAUGUGUGCUAUUGAUUCUCAAAGGAUAUAUACCUCUAUACAGAGCAUUUGAAGAUCCAUUAGUCUGCUACAACUAUGCACAUAGAAAAAUUAAGUAUUGGAUUUGAAAAAUGAGUGCUUAUAAAUAUCUAACAGAAUUCUACUUACAGUAUAUCAUGGAAAAAGAUAAAUUAUAUACAAUUGUAACUAUGUAGAAAGUAGCCACACUUCUGUAUAAUUAAACUGCAGAGAUUUUUUUAUAUGGCCUUGUAUAGGAAAGUUUGAAAGGAUGUUAAUAAAACAUGUUUUCCACUUU